AUGGAAGGGAGGAGCCUUCUGGGGAGGGAGGCUCGAGCUCCGGGGCAUGUUGUUGUGGUUAUCCGUCUGUCUGGGGAGACAAUGGAAGAGGGUGCCUAAUUCAAGGCAAACGUUACUGUUUUUGUUCCUCUGAAAUGUGAGCGCGAAUAAUCCGUUGGGAAAACGCCGUCCUGCCUUGCGGGGCUGCUGUAAGGAUAACGGAGAAGCGCUUUAAGCCCCCCUCAAAGCGCUAUAAUAGGGGAGGGCAAUGCUUUUCUUGGUUGGUUUUCCCAGCAGCGCUGUAUGGAAGUGAGAGUUGGACCAUAAAGAAGGCUGAUCGCCGAAGAAUUGAUGCUUUUGAAUUAUGGUGCUGGAGGAGACUCUUGAGAGUCCCAUGGACUGCAAGAAGAUCAAACCUCUCCAUUCUGAAGGAAAUCAGCCCUGAGUGCUCACUGGAAGGACAGAUCCUGAAGCUGAGGCUCCAAGACUAUGGCCACCUCAUGAGAAGAGAAGACUUCCUGAUGUUGAGAAAGAUGGAGGGCGCAAGGAGAAGGGGACCACAGAGGACGAGAUGGUUGGACAGUGUUCUCGAAGCUACCAGCAUGAGUUUGACCAAACUGCGGGAGGCAGUGGAAGACAGGAGUGCCUGGCGUGCUCUGGUCCAGGGGGUCACGAAGAGUCGGACACGACUAAACGACUAAACAACAAUGCUUUUCUUUGGGGUGCGGGGCGCUGAGAGGGGGGCGAGUCCCCCCCUCCUCUCCAUUUCUGACGGGGGUAAAAGCAGACCGCCGACCGCGGAAAAUCAGAAGCCCCUUCGACUUCCAUGGCAACGACGCCAGGCCGCUUCGCGUCCCCUCAAGCCGAGGAAAGAGGCAGAGAGAGAAAGAAAGAAACGGCUGAGGCGAGAAGCAGCCGCAGCCAGGCCUUCCUCCUGCCGUUGCCGGGGCAACGCCUCAGGGAAGUCUCGCGAGAUCUUGGGAAGCCGGCGACUCCCCCUCUCUCGUGAGCGGGAACAGGAGGAGAGCCGCUUGGCGAAUGGGGUUGCGGAGGAGGCGUCACGUGGCGCGGCGCGCGCGCGGGCUCCCAGGAAAAGGGGAGGGGCUGACUCGGAGGUGCGUGAGGGGAUUUUGUUACCGGCGGGUGGCGGGAGGCUUUUGAGGCCUACUCGGGUCCGCCUCACCUCAGCGGGCCGCCUUCCCCGUACCCUCCGUUCCUUUGCCUGAGGAGCGGCGGAAGGAGCCCGGAGGCGGAGGAAAAUAGCCCCGUCCCUAGAUAAUUGGGAUGAAUGGAUGGAGGAGGCGGCGGCGGGGGCUGUGUUGUAGGCCCAGGGGUGGCCCCCUCAGGAUGUGAAAGCCAGCCAGCGCGCCCAAUUGGGGCUUUGUAAGUCGUAGCCCAGCGGCGUGUGAAGGGCCGCGAGUUUUCGCAAUGUAGGGGGUUGGACUAGAUGACCCUUGGGGGUCCCGCCCAGCUCCAUGGUUCUGAGAUUCCUCCUGCCGGCGCCACCCGCAGUCCUGGCGGUGUUGGCUGCCGGAGGCGGCGAAGCUUCUGAAUAUUAAGCAAUUCAUUCUAAAUGCCGCCCUUCGAGGUCCGCAGGGCUGUUUGCAGGACACCAGGAAGGGGAGAGUCAAACUCGGGCUCAGACUCUUCCGUUCUGCUGAGAGAUCUGAGCCCAAAUACCAUGUUUCCAUCUAGCCCCGUGUUUCUCAGCCUGUGGGUCCGCCGAUGUUGUUGGACUACAACUCCCAUCAUUCCUGACUACUGGUCAUGCUGGCUAGGAAUGAUGGGAGUUGUAGUCCAACAACAUCUGGGGAUCCACAGGUUGAGAAUUAUGGCCUACUCUGACUUAGUAGAUGCCUUUCCCAGUCUUACUAAGUGGGAUGUCAACGAAGGAUACAGGAACCUUUUAUGUGAUGAGUGUGUGUUCUACCACUGAGCUGUGCUUCCUGUUUAAAUGUAAGCUCAUGAAGCUUCCUCAUAUCUCAUCAAACCCAUCAGUUCAUCUAGCACAAUUGCUCCAACUGAGCUCCUUUCCAAAGUCUUGCUGAUUAAAAUCCUGUUAUCUGGAAAUGUCAGGGAUUACACGUGGGAGGUGCGCUGUGAUCAGACACUGCAAUUAUUGAACACAUAUAGAACAGCCUUGCCAAAGUUAAGCAAGGCUGGGACUGAUGGUCCAGGGGGCAGCAACACGAGAAUGGGCCUUUUUUGUAGUGGCUCUCCCCAGGGAGGCUUGCCUGGUACCUUCAUUACAAAUCUUUAGACACCAGGCAAAGACAUUCUAUUCUUGCAGGCCUUUGGCUAAUUAAACAGUUUAUGGCAUUUUAAACUCGUGGUUUUUAUAUUGUAAGCUUCCCUGUGAUCCUUGGGUGAAGGGCAGCAUAGGAGCCAACUCCUAGGGCUUGAGGUCUCUUCAGCCCCCCCCCCCCCCCGGGCAGAGCUUAAUGCUCGGGCAGGGGGAGGCAGAGAGCAGGCGGGGGCGGGGCUGGCACGUGUGGGGGGGGCAGGGUGCAUGUCCUGGGGGCGGGGCCCAGCUACGAUGGCACCCUGCUGGGAUCGCGCUGCCAAAGGCGGGGUGCUCCUCUCCGCGCUCCUGUUCCUCCGCCAGUGCCCCCCAUUAAAACAUUUGAGGAGGCCGGGCAUCUUGUGAUUGUUAAUGUUAAUUUUAUUCCAGUUGGCACCCCGAAGGGCUGUAUAGAAAUAUAAUAAACAAUAAUAAUGUCUGGGCAACUGCAUUUCUUAAGUUCCAUGGAGGAAAGAUGAAAUAUAAAUAAAAUAAAAUUGACCAGAUUUACACACCUUCAGGCAAUACUGUAGCAUUAAAGUGGGCCCAGACCAUUCAUUUAGCAUAGUGAUAUAUUUUGAACAUUAAAAAGUCACAGUUUUUCAAAGUUAAAUCUUGCCAGUUGUUGUUUCUAGAAUGCUCAAAAUAACCAGCUGCUAUGCAUAAAGAGAUAAUCUGCUUUAAAGGUGAAGUGACAGGCUGCAAUACAAACCCCGUUUGCACUGGAAGGAUUGGGCAAUGAAGACCCAAACAUGCCGGUCGAUAGAAGUAUUGCCAGUGGAAUCCCCACAGCAGCCUGUGGAAAGCCUCAGAAUCGGUAGUUCUGGGGAACUGGGAGGGACUGGUCUGGGAUGCACUGGAUCCUGAGCCAGCCCCUCAGCUAUAUUGUUUGAUAGCAUUGGCAACAUGUCCAAUGCAGGACUUUCUGCCCUGGUUGGUGUCAGUGACGGGGCAAAGAUGGCAGCGGCCUGAUUGGGAUUUCAGUGAUACACCACAAUUCUAUAUUCUCUACUUAAAAGUGUUAUCAUUGAGUUCUCUGGAGCGUGUUCCCAGGGAAACAUCCAGAAGGUUGCCGACUUUGGGCCAUAAUCCUUUGCAUGCUUAUUUGGGAGUAAAUCCCAUUGGAUUCAGUGGUACCUUUGAAUGAUUGUGCAUAGAAUUGAACUAUGCCAAGACUAAAUUGCACCUAGUCAGUUGACAACGUUAUUUGACCAUUGUCAAAUACAGUCAUACCUUGGUUUUCGAACAGCUUAGUUCACAAACAACUUGGAACUCGAACGCCGCAAACCCAGAAGUAGGUGUUCUGGUUUGCGAACUUUGCCUUGGAAGCUGAACGUCCAGUGGUGUGGCUUCCGCAGCUUCCAGUUGACUGCAGGAUGCUCCUGCAGCCAAUCGGAAGCCACACCUUGGUUUCCGAAUGUUUCUGAAGUUGAACGGACUUCCGGAAUGCAUUCUAUUCGAAAGCCAAGAUACGACUGUACUGCAAAGUGCUCCAGAAACAAUACUUUGUAAAUGGCAGGUGAUCUUUUUGUUUCAUGAUUUUGCUGUUUAUUAGCAAGUCUAGCUUGUGUUAUUCCAGACUAAAUGGGUAGACUGCAAAGCAAAGUGUUUGGUCUUUUAUCAUUUGGAGAAGGGAGGUUCUAAAGUAAGCCUAAGAAACUAAUCUUAUCCCAUUAUGUUGCUGACUGGCUGGGAUUAGGAUUGUGAAGGUGUCCCAGUGCAAAGACCAUCACCACACCUGCAGAGAGCUUGGUGGACAAAAAACUGCUGCUGCCGCCAAUAUUCCCACAAUUAAUACCAAGCAAAGGGUCACAAAAUGGACUGUUGCAGGGGCAGAGGCAGAAGCAACUGUGGGUUUGCCAGAUCCAAACUGGUUCUGUUCCUCGAGGGGCUUAGAUUUACAUGAUUUCUCUGCCUGCCUCCAAAAUAGGAAUUGGGAGGGGGAGUUUGAAAACACUGUCCUUGUUAAUACUGUAUUUUAGCAAAGUGACACCUUUAACUUAAGGAAGUGUGCUGUUGAUUUCAGACUCUGAGAUCCUGACAUGUCUGAUGAAAUAUGCCUCAAAUAAAAUUAAAUGGCAUCACUGUGGACUUCCCAUUUCAACCCUACAAAUGUCAGGAAGAAUACAUGUCUAAAGUGCUGGAAUGCCUGCAAAAGGUAAGUAAUCUGAGAAAUCCCAGCCAGAGACCUCUGGAGGGCACUUCUUAAACAAUGUUUAAUAAUGUGUGUCGAGAGUAGGAAAUUUAGAGACUAGUCAUGCUAACAUCUCUGAAAUAACGUAAGGUCCAGCAUUUGGGAUGUUUUGUUGGGAAAGAAUAGAUUACCCCUGGUUACCAUUAGUUUGCUCUCAGACAUAGUUGCAGUAUUACACAAUACAUAAUAUAUACAGGGGGGAAAUGUGCAUAUAUUAUGCAUAACACCAUGAGAUUGCUGACCAAGCCAUUGUUUUAUAAGUUUUGAAUGUUUCAAAUAGAUGCAAAAGUACACUGGUUCAAAAUGUCUUCUUGAAGUAAGUUUUAUUCUAUAUAUGUGUUCAGUUUUGGCUCCCAUCGAAUGAAAUGCAGGCUUGGCAUGGUGAAUGACACAGUUGUUUGUUUUAUAAGUAUCUUUGGGAGGAUUCAAAGACACCAGAGCAUAUAUACUUGUGGCCUGCUUGGCUGUGAAUAUCAUGGACAAAAUUAUUAUUUUUAAUUGGAUAAGCUAUUUUGGGAUUUUCAUGUUAUAUUGCAUUUUUGAACUAAAUUUGUUCAUUAUACAAAAGUAUCUGCCUAAUAUUCACAGUUGUAAGUGGUAGUAUAAUGUUCUGAUAAAGUAAAUGAAGUAUUAUGAGCUUGGAAGUAACUGGGUCAUUUCUCAACUCACUCAUGAAAAUGGGCAAUGCAGUAUAAUGCUAAAAAAAUAGCCAUGUUGUAAAGAUUACUAUUGUUAUAGAAUAUGAAAUGCUGAGAGCAUUCAGGAGAAGUGCUAUUUAAAUAAUAAGAGUGCAAUAAUUUAGGCUGCAAAUAAUUUAGACUGCAAUCUUUUGCGUGCUUACUCCAGUUUAAACUGCUGAACCUAGUAGUACCUACUUUCAAGUAAAUUUGCAUGAAACUGUUGAUUUAGUUGAUUUAUUUAAUUUUCAUAAAUCUGCAGGGGAUAGAAACCAAUAGUUCCAAAAGAAAAAAAAAUAUUCUUGAGUUUAGAUGCACACAUGUUACAGUAAGCAUCUUAGAGGAUGCUUCCAUCUGCAAUUAUAAAAUUUCAGGAUGGUGUCACUCACCAUGCUGCUAUUAUUAAUCAAGAAACUGCAAUGCUUGUUAUUUAGAAGUAAGUCCUAAGGCAGCAAAUCAUAUGCUAAUGUACUGUUGUCAGUUUCCUGGGAGUAAGUGCCAUGGAACUCUGUGGAACUGAAUUUUGGAUUAGGAUUGUGUUUAGGAUUGUAUCUAAAGCUAUGUUCAUGUGCAAGUGGAAUGAAGUCUGCUUGUGCCACAGGGUCUUGCUUUCCCCCACCCCCUUACAUGCUCUCAAAAUAAUUUUCUGGCUGGUAGGUGAACCCUCUGGUGCACCUUCUAGGGAAAUGUGAAAGUUUGUAGUGGGGAGGAUAGGAAAGUGAAGUGACAGUGCACAAGGAGAAAUGUACUUGUGUAAUGUUCAGUUUCACUCCCAAAUAAGUAUUCUUUGUAACUUAAAAUCUUGCAUAAAUUCCCGUUAGUUGAAAUUGGCUAAAUUCAAGACAUUGACUUCCAUUUCUUGUUUUUGAGAUAUAUUUUUAUACUGUUCAGAACAGAUGCAUUUUGAACAUAUGAAACCUGCUUAACACUUCCUGAAAAGAGGCUAUUUUGCAAACCCUUCUCUUGUUAGUGCCAGACGUAUCGCAUUAGAUCUGUUUGUAGAGAAGUGGGUAGGUGGGAUUUCUCUUACACUUGCAGAUGAGGGGAAAGAAGCAAAUAAGUAGACCUUAUGUUCAUACAAUCUGUUCUUAAGGCUUGAGAACUGAGACCAUGCAUUCCAUUAUCUCUUUUGCACGUCUGCAAGAAAAUCUCUUAAGGAACCAUUGUGCUCAGAGGCCAUUUUGUAAAUCUUUAUUAUUAUCACUGUCCUACACAAGUGCCCUAACAUCUGUUGGAGAAGCAAGGGGAUUUGUUUGCAAAGUGACAAGCAGGCCUUGCCAUUGCUGUAAUGCUGUACAUGAGUUUCAGGGACACUGCUCUGUAAAAAGUGUGCAUAAUUUCAAAUGCAAUUUAUGAACAGAGUUUUUUUUCCUCUCCAAGAGUUCCAAAUCACAGAGUUCCUGUUGUCAGACUUGGAACAAUUGUUUAACUCUGCCUCAACACCAGUUUGAAGUGCCAACUAAUUUAAACAGAUCAAUUAAAACUUGUAAUCAUAAUAUUAGUGCGUAAGGACUUUGGCAUGUCUGCCCUAAAAACUGAGUCUGUCAACUUUCCAACCCUCUCACUGUCACCAACAAUGCCUGUUCCUUUCUUAAGUACCGUAUUUUUCGCCCUAUAGGACGCACUUUUUCCCCUCCAAAAAUGAAGGGGAAAUGUGUGUGCGUCCUAUGGGGCGAAUGCAGGCUUUCGCUGAAGCCUGGAGAGCGAGAGGGGUCGGUGCGCACCGAUCCCUCUCGCUCUCCAGGCUUCAGGAGAGCCCCACCGCCAGCCCCACAAGCUCGGGGGACAGUGGGGAGGUGGAACGCCGCCAUCCCGCUGUCCCCCGACUUGGUUAGAAGGCUGGCGGGGGGGAGAAGCCUGCUCCUCCCCGUCGCCAGCCCCGCAAACUCGGGGGACAGCGGGGAGGCAGAACGCCGCCAUCCUGCUGUCCCCCAACUUGGUUAGAAGGCUGGCGGGGGGGAGAAGCCUGCUCCUCCCCGUCGCCAGCCCUGCAAACUUGGGGGACAGCGGGGAGGCGCAGCGCGCCAUCCCGCUGUCUCCCGACCUGGUUUGGAGGCUGGCGGAGGGCUUCCCCCGCCUCCGCCCCGCACCUGGGGGGGGGAAUAAUUUUUUUCCCCUUUAUUUCCCCCCCCCAAAAUCUAGGUGCGUCCUAUGGGCUGGUGCAUCCUAUAGGGUGAAAAAUACGGUAUUUCAGUCAGAGAUGGCUCUAGAUUAGAAUAACCUUUGGAGCUCUAUCUGUCUUGCUACAUUUUCCUUUUCCAGUCUGGUAAAACAAGAAGACAGAAAGAGAGCUUUGGUUGAAGUUUCUAACGUCAUAGAAUCAGAGUUGGAAGAUACUUCUAGAACAGGCUGCUCACAGCAGGGUAUUAAAUUACUGUGGACAUAUAAAUUCUCCAGGAAAUGCUGAGUCAAAUGAUUUAUGCAGAUUAAGCUAUACAGUGACAGUUAGAGAGAACAUUGUUCUUGGUCAAUUUAACUAAAACAUACAGUCCAUAUGAUAUGUGUGCAUCAUCCUGUUUAGAGUGGUAACUUCUAGAGAAGACCAGGUGGCCAGCUGUGAGCCUCAUUACUAGUUUGGUUCUCUCCUUAAGAGUUAGGUUAGCUGCCCUAGCUUUCCCAGUUAUAGCUCACCUUGCCUAAUCUGCUACCUAGUCCUUCCUAGCAACCUGUCUUCCAUUCAGGCUGCCAGCAUUUGUCAUCCACUUAUUUGUUUCUGUACAGACUCAUGGGGAAAAUGCUUGGCAGUUAGCUGGCAGUUAAAGUGAAUGUCCAGUUUUCUAAUUAUUUAUUUUAUCUACUUGUUACCAUUAUUCAAGCAAGUGAAUGGGAUUUUAGAGAGUCCCACAGGCACGGGGAAGACACUAUGCCUCCUUUGUGCAUCUCUGGCUUGGCGGGACCACUUCAAAGAUGCCAUCUCUGCACAGAAGAUUGCCCAACGACUGAAUGGAGCAGAACUCUUCACUGACCGGCCAAUGUCAUCUUGGGGCAAUGCUACCACAGGUGCUGAUAUCCCAGGUAAGUCCUGGGUCUUUUGGUUCUGUAAGCAAUGUCAUGUUCAUUUGGAAGCCACAAGGUGGUAUUACUAGGGUUCUUAGACUGGAGUGUUUGACCUUAUAGAAGAAGUAGAAAAUGAGAUGUGACAAGCUGGCAAACAUUGCGGUUGCCCAGCCUCAAUAGAGUCCCACACUCUAGUUGUGGAAAUUCAGGUGCAUGGAAGGUGGGGAACAUGUGAACCUAGGCAAACAUUGCUGAGUGUUAUGGUUAGUUUCUUUUCUUUAUCAGAAGCAAGAGAAAAACUUGUGGACUCUGUUAAUGUGAUUAUUUCAUCAGUGUUGGAAUUUGCUAAUUAUCAACCCAGUGGGACAAAUAGUAAAGCAUAAUCAGUGAUAAAAGACCACAGACUCAAGAUCGUCUUUGAAACAAAUCAGUUUAUUGAUGUACAGUGCUUCAUUCAAAUCGUAUUAUCUUCAUAUGGAAGUUAAUGAUAUUCUAAACUUUGAAUUAUAACAUAAAAAUAAAGUAAUGUAAGAGAGCAAGUUAACACUUAGAAAAUAAUAUAGAGUAAGAAUAGACUAAGAUUAUCAUUGUAAUUACAUUGAUAAAGGAGCUAAUCAGAGUUUGUUUUUUCCCAUUCUAACUGAAAUUUUGGCCUUCUAACAUCCUCCAGCUCAUGUAGUUGCUAAAGUUUCAUAGCAUAUCUGUAUUUCUAGGUUUUCUACCACACUUAACAUUUUGGAAUAAAAGUCCUAGUUACUCAACCAGUGCAGGGAGGGAACAUAUAAAAAAGAGUGGGAAAGGCGGCGGCAGGAAGGAAAGAAAGAAGGAAGAGAGUGAGAAUCAAUUCUCUGAACACUUUUUAUAUGGAUUAGAAACUGGGCCAGGAAGAUUAGACUUCCCAUCUUUUGUGUCAAUUUGAUUACUUGCGUAGGUGAUCCCACAUAAGAUGUAGACCAGGGGUUGUCAACGUGGUCCCUGCCGCCCACUAGUGGGCGUUUCAGGAUUCUAGGUGGGUGGGAGGGGGUUCUACGGCACAAGCUGAAUCCUCCUUCCAUCGAUGGUAAGGAAAUUUUACCAUCAAGAAAGAUGCAUUAGUGGGCGGUAGGUAUAAAAAGGUUGACUACCCCUGAUGUAGACUCUGGAUAUCCAUAAUCUAUGGGUGAACAUUUUUUCACCAAGGUCAGGUGCACCCUGACACAUUCCAGCAAUUCCUUUGAAACAUUUUAGCAGUAUCUAUAAUUCCACAUCAGGAGCAAUCCCAUUCCUCCUCUCUUUAGGAUCUUAUUAUACUUGUGGUGUAAUGUUGUAUUUAACAUUAUCAUUAGGUUUUCGUCACCCAAGAUGCCAUGGUCUCACAUGACUGUCUCUGAAAUUCAGUAAAAAAAUUUCAAGGAGCCUUCACAAAGUGGCACAGUGUUGAAAUCCAUUUCAUCCAUGUUGAUCCAUCAUGGUUGCUCUGCUGUAGUUGUUCACUCUUCAGGUCUGGCAGGGCCCAGAUUUGCACUCUUCCUUACAUUCUGAUAUUUUGGGGGCCUCUUUUCCUUACUAACUUCAGUAUGUAUAAAUCAGGGCAUUAGUUUUCACUGUCAUGUGCAGAUGCUUAUCCUACAGGUGCUUCAUAGAACGACUCUUAGCUAAAGUGAUUAAAAAUAUGUACUCUUGUUCCUUAUAGGUGAGUGGUUGAGUUGCAAAAUCCGCCACUGCCUCCGCAGGCUGAGUUGUUACCAUAGCACCAGAAGGGGAAAAGCAGACUGAUGAUAUAUUUAGCACUAAACAAGAACUAAUUUUUUCCCUUUCUGCUUCCUCCCCCCAAUCCCCUUCUCGCCUUCCCCACUUGACAGCUUAUUACACUGACGUUCCUAAAAUAAUUUAUGCCUCCAGAACUCAUUCUCAGCUUACUCAGGCCAUCAAUGAAUUAAAGAACACAGUUUACAGGUAAAGAAACUUAAGAUAUUGAUGCUCGCUCCAGGUGUGAAACAACUUGGGAUAUAUGUGUCUGGCAAUUUUUGUUUUAGCUGUAUUAUUGUUGAUAGAAAUGUUUUUGAAAACACUAGUUAUAUAAGCUGUCACUGAGACAUUUUGCAGCCAUAGUAAAGGAGCUCUCCCUCAACACAGAGGGAGCUUUUGCAUAUAGCUUUUGCAAAAUAUACUGCCCGUUAAUGCUGAAAAGCUUAUGCAUUAUGCCCUGCUUCAUUUCCAUGUUUGAAAUACUUGCCACAACCCAACCAUGUAUAUCUUCAGUGUCUUGUUUUGAUUAAAAUGUCAGUGCUUGUGUCAUCCCCCCCUAUUUAAUAGGCCAAAGGUAUGUGUAUUGGGUUCCAGAGAGCAGCUCUGCAUCCACCCUGAAGUUAAAAGACAGGAAAAUAACCAUACACAGGUAAGAGCAUAAAAGUAAAACCACACUGACUCUUGUUCAUCCAGUGAGAGCUGUGGGCAGUGGGAAUUUAAAUCCAGGUCUCCCUCACUAAUACUUUACCUACUUCAUCCAGCCCAUUUCUGGGCCCAUUCCAAAGUUCUGGUCGGCUUUUCAAGCCCUCCACUGCUUAGGUAGAUGGCCUUUUCUGGGUGUCCACCUGUGGCAUCUCUGUGGUAGCAGCCCAAUUAUUGAAUGAUCUCACCUGAAAGGUCUGCAUGAAAGAGAGGUCCUCCUGAAACCUACUUUGUCAUUUUGGUGCCAGAUAAAGACAUUUGUAUGUUCUCGGGCCUUUCAGUCAUAAGUUUAAAUCCUGCUGAUUGUUUUUGUUUUGCAACCUUUAAACUCUUUUUCUUUGGGUGACUAUUUGGAUAUUUUGGUUUGUUUAAAGUAAACCAAAAACCAUUUUUCUUUGGGGGAGGGGGCAAAAGCAGGUUGCAGUUGGAGAAUCAAUAAUAGAUAUGAAAUAGAUCGCUAUGGAGCAGUCAAGUUACAUGGCUUUUGUUAUAUGAAUUCUAGCAUACUCUCUGCUGCUUAGUAGGGACGGAUAUUUUUCCCUGUUCAUUGUCCAGCAAAGCUUUUCUGGAAAUUGCCAAGUAACAGCACUGUCUACUUGAACAUUGGAGAGCUUGCAGAACCAUUUCCCUCAAAUCCAGUUAUCAUAUGUUGCCCUCUAUUGAGAGCUUCUUGUGGUAGUGAUUUAUAUUGUGCCAGUAAUGUACAUGGUAUUUUAAAGAGUUCCAUAAAUUAAGUAGAUGGGUCCCUGCUGCAAGGAACUUACAAUCUAAAUCCCAAGGGAAAUAAGGGGUGAAUAGGAGCAAGUGCAAUUAUACACUUAUUUGGGCUUCAUUAUGUUAUGCACCAAACUGGAAUUUAUAUUGUUUUGCAGAUCCACAUGUGCCGUAUGAAGAUAACAACUCGCACGUGUCAUUUCUAUAACAAUGUGGAAGGUAUGAAUAAAUGUUUGUGAAAGUAAUUCUCAGUUUGGGAGUCUGGUGAUUGAUGUUGGGCCAGUUUUAUAUCAGUCUUCCUGUUGACUACUUGCAUGUAACUGUUUCUUCCGGGCAAAACUGCCAGCCUCUGUUGUUCAUUUUGGUUAGGUUUGUAAGUAUCAUUAACUAGUUUAGAUUGUACAACCCAUACUUGUCUGUGCGCUUGUGAAUACUUUCCUUUCAGGUAGAUAUUGGCUAAUUUAGUUCUCAAAUUGCUGGCUGUGGAAACUGGAUUCCCACCUAAGAAAUUGACCUAAGAGGUUCAGAUGUGGCAAUUUCCUGUGUUCAGUGGGCUACAUUCCAGCUAGGCAAAAUGUAAAGGUUUCUAAAUUUACCCCCAUGCACACUUCUCCAUUACCCAUUUAGGCAGACAAUAGGUAUAAUUGUAGCCAGGUAAAAGCACACAAGAAGAGUGCAGACCAGAUGAGCGAAUUAACCUGGUGAGGACGUGUGGGAAAAGUCCCAAGGGUGAAUAGAAGCACUUACAGAAGGCUGCAUUUCGGCCCUGGGCCUGAGGUUCCCCAUCCCCUACAUUGCGGAAGGAACACUACUGAAAAGCUCUCCACCAUGCCACCAUAGCGCUAGUCCACAAGAAUUCAGUUAUAAGUGCAGAUGCUGCAAUAUCUAAAGCGAGACUUCUCAAACAUAGUGCUGUUUUGAUAUAAGAUGCAGAAGGGCUGAAGCUCAGUGGGAAAGUACAUCAUUUACAUGCAGAAGGUCUGAGGUUUAAUCCCUAGCAACCCCAAGGAGAUGGGGCUGGGAAAGUCUCCUUUGAAACCCUGCAAGCCAUUGCCAGUCAGUGUGGAUGAUACUGAAAUAGAUGAACCAAAGAUCUGACUCCGUAUAAGGCAGCUUGCUAGAUUGCUAAAAAGUAGCUGUGCAAUGAGGUACCAUUAUCCCAAAGGUUUUUGAAAUUCUCAUCCUGUCAGAAAGUCUCACUUAUAUUGAAUUCUUAUUCAGUAUAUAAACUUCACUUGGAAGACAGCUUCCAAGAAGUAAAGCUGGGGGAACCAGGCAAAGGGCCUUCUUGGUGGUGGCGCCCAUCUCCCAUCAGAUGUCAAGGAGAUGAGUAACUAUAUUACAUUCAUGAGACAUCUGAAGGCAGCCCUGUAUAGGGAAGCUUUUUAAGAUUUAAUGUUUUACUAUGUUUUUAUAUAUGCUGGAAGCUGCCCAGAGUGGCUGGGGCAACCCAGUCAGCUGGGUAGGGUACAAAUAAUAAAUUAUCACCAUCGUCAUCAUUUUAACAGUGUUGAAGUUCAAACUUAUGCCUCUAGGUAGUCAGCUGGUUUUAGAAAGCCACUUACUAUUAUACCAUGCACAUUCAGCUAUCGUUGGCAUUAUGUGAAGUGACCUGCUUGCACAUUCAGAGACAAUAAGGCCUAGGAAGGUAAAAGACUGCCCCCCUGUAUAAGGAAUACUAAGAGCCCAGAAUUUGGGGACCAUAGAAAGUGGCACUGAUCAAUAAUUUCAGGUUAAAAUCUCUCUCUCUCUCUCUCUCUCUCUCUCUCUCUCUCACACACACACACACACACACAAAGACACAUACAUAAUGGGUGUGGGGAGAGAGAUGGUGCCAUCCAUGAGCAUAGCUUGCAGAGUGUGUCAUCUGCAUAUAAUGUGGUAUCUUAUGAGAAACAUAAUUAAGAACUAAAUCAACAGAUGUUCAGAUAUUUUUGGAACCUUUCCUGGAAUGUGGAAGCAGCAGGCUCUUAUGUUCAUAUAAUCAUGUAAGUUAAAGAUAGAAGGAGCAAUCCAUCAAGUGCUGUUGAUGCGCAACCUGCAUUAAUUUUAAAUGUGAUUUGUGCAGGAAAUGGGCAGAGGUUGCUUAGCAGCAGUGUUGGGUGGUUGCACCCAGAAAAUGAUAAUUAAGGGUGCACAUGAAAGUAUAUAAUUUAAGCAGCAGGGUCAUCGUGGAAUCGUACUCACUACAUUUUGUUCACAAGUAGAGUUCAGGGGAAAUGCUUCUGCUUUCUGCUAGGUUGCAGCAGAAGUCAGCUGUGCACUACACAAAUUAGCUGGUGCCUCUGAUGUCAUGAAUCCAUGUCUUGCCCCAUUGCAGGCAGGUUUAUUUAUUUUUUAUUAAAAGGGAGGGAAAGGACUUGCAGGUUUGCUUGUUUUAGGGCUGCAGUAUUAAUUGAUUCAUCAAAUUAAUAAAUUAAAAUGGUAGAACUCAAUUAAAAUUUUAGGCCUGAUUAAUUGGGCAUUGCCACUAUAUCAUCCAAUCUUCUAUUAAACCCCCAAGGGCAUCACCCUUUCUCUUCUGCUCAGCUAGGCACUGCUUCUAGUGGAAAAUAGGAUAUCAUCCCAGAGCCCCCCUAUGAUGAUGAAGGGGCCUCCAGAAUGACAUAGCAUUCCUCACUGAGAAGAGUGUUUGGUGUAGGACGAGGCUUCUCUCCCCCAGUCUAAAUAUGCCCAGUUCUUUCAAACUUUCUUGAUAGGACCUGCUUUCCAUAACCCUAACCACCUAAGGCAGGGGUUGGCAAGGUUUAUCUUGCCUGGGCUGAAUCGGUCCUGUAGGGAUCCCUCCAUGGGCCGGAUCGUGCGCGUGUGUGAGCGUGCACGCCUACGAUUUUUGGUGUGUGCGCGCCCGCAGUUUUCAGCGUCUGCACAGACGCAAUUUCCGGCACCAUGGAAGUGAGUCCCUGCACCGCGCCGGUUUAGCUCAAGUGGGCAACUCGGUUCGGGGGCUGCUCGUGGGCCGGUCAAACGACCUCCGCGGGCCGCUUCUGGCCCAUGGGCCUUAAGUUGGUGACCCCUGACCUAAGGCUACAAUCUGGGGAAUUUGGAUUGGGCAGAGGUGUCCUUUGCCCAGCCCUUCUGGCCACCCAGCUCUGGAGUGAUGCCAACAUUUCUCUGCUAGUGUGGAAUUCAGCAUUCUACCUGCUGAAUGGGUGGGCAGGCCCAAAAUGGGAUGUUCAAGGAGCCGGGAAUAGAUGAGCCAGCCUGGGAUCUGCUGGAAUAUGCUAACUCCUCUUUUCUUUUCUAUAGAGAAGAGCACUGAAAAAGACCUGAUCAGCUCCAUCUUGGAUAUUGAAGACCUGGUUAAAAAUGGGAACAAGCACAGGUCACAAUUCCUCUUCACUUUCUCUUUCUUUAUGCCUCUCCCCAUAUGAACCAACAUGGACCCUAUGUUCAUCAUCUUAGGCCCGUGUUCAUGUGCCUCCUUCAUGAGAAAUCCAGAGGGUGGCAACAUGAGAACGAGCCUUUUUUGCAGUGACUCACCUUUUGUGGAAUUCUCUCCCCAGGAAAGUUGCUGGCUGCCUUCAUUGCAUAUUUUAGGUGCCAGGCAAAACACUUUCUCUAUAGCCAGGUCCUUGGCUGAUUAACAUGUUAUGGCCUUUUAAAUGAGUUUGGGGGGAGUUAUUAGUUGGUUUUUGUUUUAUGAAGUUUGUGUUCUUAUGUUGUGAAAUGCCCUGUGAUUUUCAGAUGAAGGACAGUAUACAAAUUUCAUUAACAAACAAUUAUUAAUAAUAUUAGCAGUAUAUUCUCAAUAGAUAAUUGAAUUAGUGCUGAACUGAAAUGAGGAAAGGAUUCAGUUUUGACAGUCUUUCAAAAUUCAGUUGUUGUGCACAGUAAAUUUGUGCAUGUAUUUGUAUAUAGGAAAUGUAUAUGUGCAUGUAUAUAGGAAAAUAUGGGAAACUUUUCUAGUAUAUUAGGAAAAUGCUCUUUAAAUAUGAAGUGCUCAAACAAUUUCAUAUAGUCUGUGUUGGUAAUCCAUACACCAAACCUGUGAACAUAGGGAUAGGCUUAGACUCAGAUGUAGUGGUUUGAUUUAAUAACGCCCAGUGAGUUCAUGACUAGGCUGAAAUUUGAAGUGGGGAUAUUGUCAUUUGUCGCUCACACCUUCAACCACCAUGCCAUGCAAGUUGUUGUAGGAUCUUUCUUUGAAUAGAAAGCGCUGGCUGCAUUCACUUACAUCUACAUACUUGAUUAUUGCACAAAGAGUCAACCUAAAUGUUUUAUUUGUUGGUUAAAUUUAUAUCUUACCCUUCCUUCCAAAGGAGCAUUAAUCAAUCAUAAAUAAAAUCGGUAUUGCAGAAUUUAGAAAUUCAUUAAAGAAUGGCAUGGAAAAAGAAAAACCCACUGUUAUAUGAAAUUACUGCUUCAUUUAGUCAUAGAAAGAUUAGGGACUGAAUUGCAUUCCUUUGGCUAGGGAAUUCAAAAUCUCCAGUGCAAGUCUGUGUAAAUACCAAGACAUCUAUGACUAAUUAUCAAAUGAGUGCUGUUGGAUCUAUACCACUGUAGCUGAUGUUCAUACACUGAUAAGCUCAUCAGGUGGGAGAUAAUUCCAAAUCUCCCUUUUCUAUACUUUCUAAAUCAUGAACAAUCCAUCUUUGUAAGCAUAAGCCCCAUGACACAUCUAAUUAAGUAAACAGAUAUUUGCUUAAUGGGCUAUAAAGCUGUGAUUGAAAAAUGACUACAAGAUAAGCACCCGCGCCCCCCGCCCCUUGUGUAAUGCUUUAUCAAGGUUCUUUUUCUCUUUUACAGUUUAUUUUCUUGGUUGAAGCGCUGUUUUUUAAAAAUAUUAUUACUGUUAUUAUUAUUAUUAUUAUUAUUAUUAUUAUUCCCCAGCCACUCUGGGCGGCUCCCAACAGAAUUAAAAGCACAAUAAAAGAUCAAACAUUAAAAACCUCUCUGAACAUGGCUGCCUUCAGAUGGCUUCUAAAAGCCAGAUAGUUGUUUAUUUCCUUGACAUCUGAUGAGAGGGCAUUCCAUAGGGCGGGCACCACUACUGAGAAGUUCCUCUGCCUGGUUCCCUGUAACCUCCCUUCUCGCAGGAAGGGAACUGCCAGAAGGCCAUCAAAGCUGGACUAUGUCAGUGUAAAAGUUGAAUGCCUUAAAUCUGGGAUAGGCAAACUCGGCCCUCCAGAUGUUUUGGGACUACAACUCACAUCAUCCCUAGCUAACAGGACCAGUGGUCAGGGAUGAUGGGAAUUGUAGUUCCAAAACAUCUGGAGGGCCAGGUUUGCCUAUGCCUGCCUUAAAUGCUAAGCUUACUAGCAGCCUCUGCACCACCACCUUCUUUUAUCUCGCUGCAUUUGCAGGGUCAAGGAUUUAUUCCCAGCAUUCUCUUUUAUCAAAUGAGAGAGGAGACGGGCCCAUGUAAACCCACCAAACCAUCUGCCUUUAAGACUAGCCCAUUAAGAAGCUGACAAGAAACCCCCGAGAAUCUUAAUAAAUGACUGUGGAAAGCAUGUUGGUUGUCUUGUAGCACUGUGUACAUUUCCCUCCCUCUCUCUUUAAACAGAGUUUGCCCUUACUAUCUUUCUCGGAGUUUGAAGCAGCAGGCAGACAUCAUUUUUAUGCCUUACAACUAUUUACUGGACCCAAAGGUAUGUAGGGUAUUAUUUUAAAAUUCAAGGGUGUUUUACUGAAUAUUUUAAGAGGAUUUUGCUGGAUAUGCCAGUAAAUUGCUUAAUUAACUCAUUACAGGAAACAAUACAGAUGCUAAAUGCUUAUCACAUAAGGCAGAAAUACAUAUAUAUACAUGGUGAUUAAACCCAAAAAAUUAAUUUGUGUUUCUUUUAUUUUAACAUAUUUCCUUCUCAGAAAGGGAGAUAGUUUUGUUCACUAGUUUUUUUGUUGGAACUCAUCAUGUAGCAUUUCUUUCUUUCUUUCUUUCUUUCUUUCAUCCUUCCAAAUAUGUUGAAUAUUGUUUGGUUUGUUGAGCUUCCCUGCUGGGCUAGGCAUACAAUGGAGAACUUCAGUUGCUUUUCUUUGUUUUCAUCAUAGAAACUUUCCCAGGUAAUUUCUCCCUUCAGUAUAACAAAUUCAAAUCACAGGAGUCUUUGCAUAUCUCCCUGUACUAACAAGGCUAGUUUAGUGGCGGUGUGACAGGCAAAUUAGAGCCAUGUGGUUCUGGAUCCACCUUGAAUAUGGUGCUAUAUACUGAGUAUUAGAAGCCUCUUUGAGAUCUGCUUUUAGAAAAAACUGCUGUGUAGCUUUUAUUCUCCCUUACCCCCUUCUUUUGAGGGCUAAAAACCUUUUCUUUAAUCAUUACUGCAGGUUACCAGGAUUCGAGUGUCCUGUACUGGGUGGAUAAUAGUGAAAUCCCAGUACAGGUCACCAUUUUGGGAUUGUAGCAAUUCAGAUUUAUGGAUCAUUUUCUAGUUAUGAGGUUGAUUGAAUAAUAGGGGUUUCUGAUGUGCUGACAAAGCUGUUUCACUGUUUUUCUUUGUGAAAUAUGCACUGAAGAAGCAAAAUGACAUGCUGCUUUGGUUUAUUGGCAUUAACUGUUCCUCAAACACGUGUGUGCAACAGAUAACACCCACACACAACUUCCUGCUUGUUGUGGGAUUUUAAAGGAUAUUUUGAUGGAUUGCCUUACUGUAUGUUACUGGUUUUGAUUGUACUUGCUGUAAUUUUUUUUAGAUACUGUUGUGCACCACCUUUAGAUGUCUGCAAAACAGGCAUCAUAUAAAAUAUUUAAUAAAUAAUAGGUUCGCAAGGAACACCUGUGUGAGUGUCAUUGAAAUGGAAUUUUACAGGGCCAUGUUGCACUUCUUUCAUUGGGCCAUGAUAGACUGCUUUGUGAUGACAGACAUUUAAGGGUGGUGCAAAUAGUUGUAAACAAGUUGUCCCUGCCAUCCUGCCUCACAUAUCUCCCACUUUUUAAAAAAAAAAUAGAGUCGAAGAGCUCACAACUUGGACUUGAAGGGGGCUGUAGUGAUACUUGAUGAAGCUCACAAUGUGGUAAGAAAAGAUGCAUCUGGCUUCUCUCCAUUUUUAACAGGCAAAGAGCCUUGUAGGUAUGUUUUCAUAUAAGAAUUCAAGUAAUCUGUGACUAUUUGUUCCCUCAAUAAGUAUUGAGCAACUGAAAUGAUAGGUCACUGGUGUUAUUUUUAAAAGAAUACUCUCUUCAUUUGGUCCUUUGAUAAUGUUGGCUUCCUAGAGCAGGAAUUGUCCUGACAGACAGACCCAAAGUGUGUGCAUAGCUGAUGUGGUUAACAGUGUACACUACAAGUGUAACUUUUUGUCUACACCCAUAGGAAAAGAUAUGUGAAGAGUUGGCAUCGUUUGACUUGACACCCUAUGACUUAGCUUCAGCUGUGGAUGCCAUUAACAUAGUUCUGGAAGAACAAGUGAAAAACGUUCAGCAGAAUGAAAUCAACUCUGAAUUCAAUGUGGAGCCUGCCGGUUCAGGUAGAUUGCCUGUAUAGGGCAGUGAUUUCUUGAAUGCAACAAGAGAUUCAUUGGGCUGCAUGCUUUUAGAAAUUACUCUUAGGUUCUGCAAAAUCAGUCUUCAGAACGUGGAUUUUGGUUGCUAGGCAGUUGACGUAUUAGGAUUAUGGCUGGCAACUCUUCUGUGAAAACCCCAAUGAAAGAAAGAUACUUGUGCAAGAACAUGAAAAUCUUUUGUGCAGCUGUGUAUUAAUGCCAGUGAGGCUUUUGCAAGAGUUUUUUCAGUGCAUUCAUUGAGCUUGUUUGAAGGGAUGUGUGUUUUGCAUGCCAAGGCAAAUCCAGUAUAAAUUAGGUACUUAAAAGCAAAUUGUUUAAAUGGCGCUUUUGAUAUUUGUGCUUUGGAUUUCUGGAUUUUGGUUUGGAGAAUUGGUCAAGGAGAGAAAUGAAGAGCAUAUAAAGCCUGCAGGAUAGCCAUCAGAAUACUUUGCAGCCUUCCUGGCCUCCUCUCUUCCACUCAUUCACAAUCAAAGUCCAAUAAGCAUUUAACAGGCAGUGCAUGUACAUUGCACUUGGAAAGGUACAUUAGUGUACAAUCUAAAUAUUGAGAUUUAUACAGGAUGGGUUGGGGGAAGAGACAUUGAUACAGUAUUGCACUGGAAACUGCCUGAAUAAGAAUUCUUUCUGAAACAGGAUUAAACAUGGAGCUUGAAGACAUUGCAAAGAUAAAGCGUAAGUACAAUUAUUAGAUUCAUAUUUUGUCUAUAGAGAAGUUUUUUAAAAAAAUGUUUUGGCAGUGGGUGGCUUUCAGUUUAGCCAAGACGAUCAUGUAGCUGAUUACUCUCUCUGUUGCACAGAUAUUCCAAAUUUUGUACUUUAUGCACCUCUUUGGUGCAGUAAAUUAAAGAUCUGUCAACGUAGGUAGUAUGUGAAAAACUGAGUGCCUUGAACAAUACUCAAAGAGACUAGAGGAACAUUUAUUAAGGGUUGUGUGCGUGAGGGGAAUGCACAGUAUCCCUUGUGGAAGCAAAUUCCUAAUCACUUUGGUUUGAGAGAAACAUACAUGGUGGAUGAGAAAUGCUAGCUAAUUUACUGACAACUUGUUGAAUACUGAAGGAUAUUUCAUGUUUAUGCAUUUGGCUGGCAAGCUACUACUCAUUUGCAUUUUUUAAUUGCCUGUAAACAAUGUAAUUUGCCUGUCAUUUUUAUGAUAUUGGCAUAUGGCAGAUCAUUGGUUGACUGGAUUCUACUUAUCUUACUCAGAAAGUAUUACCCCCAAAUGUGAAAAUCUUACUUCAGCCCUAGAAAAAGUCCUUUGCUUUAGUUCUUUAGUUCUUUUUAAAAGUUAUGUCCUGCUUUUCAGUAACAAGCCCACUGAGGUGGCCUGUUGUGUAAAUGUGGCAAUGCAACCUCCCCACCCUGAGGGAGUGUGUCACUUAGAAGGAGCCCUUUUCUUGUUGGGAAGGCAGUGAGAGAGUGCCUGUGUUGCAGUCUCGUCUGAGGAGAAAGAGCAGGAUAAUUUGGUUAUAUGCCAGCUGCAUAAAAUUCCUCCUCUUCCUCUGUUUGCCUUCAAGAGAUUCUUCUUCAGCUAGAAAACGUUAUAGAUGCUGUCGAGCUGCCACCAAGUGGAAGUGGACUCACUAAGGAUGGAAGGUAUGUUUCAGGAGAUACAAAGCGUGUGCCAAGUUGGCAUUUCUUGUUUUUGUGUGCCUGCCCAUAGACUCAUAAAAUUGCUUUGUUGCUUGUUUUAUAGUGUAGGGUGUUUCCUACACUAGGGUGUAGGGUGUUUUGUUGCUUGUUUUAUAGUGUAGGGUGUGGCUGCUGGAAAUUGUAGCUGCAAAGAGGUUGCUUGAUGAAGCAGGACGAAGGGUCAGACUGGGACACUCAGUUCAAACCCUUGCUUGCCUGUGAAGCUCACUGGGUGUCCCGUCAGGUCAAGUAGCACAUUAUAAUGUUCAGACUAGUAAGCAGUGAAGCUCAUUUGGAGGCCUUGGGGUACCUCCUACCUCUCUGCUUAACGUAUUCUACAAUAUAAUAAUUAUAUUAUUAUAAUAUUAUAAUAAUACGGAAUGAAUGAGCCAUUUACGCCACCUUGAAUGAUAAGUGGGAUAUAAAUAUAAUAAAUUAAUGAAAUAUUGUUUAGCCUGCCCUAUCUCACAGGUUGGUUUGGGAGGAUAAAAUGUCCAGAGGAUACACUAUUGGGGGAAGUGUUGAUUACAAAUACCAAAUAAAACAAAUCACUCGACUUUCAUCAAGCCACUGCAUUUCACAUUUUCAAAAACAGAUACUAUUUUUUAAAAGAAGGUUUCUAGCCCUCAUGUUUAUGGAGGCUCAUCAAGCUUUGGUAGGAGGUGGUGGAUGGUAUUCAACUAAGGUUAAAGGUGAAGGUACCCCUGACUGUUAGGUCCAGUUGCGGACGACUCUGGGGUUGCACGCUCAUCUCGCUCUAUAGGCCGAGGGAGCCGGCGUUUGUCCGUAGACAGCUUUCAGGUCAUGUGGCUGGCAUGACUAAGCCGCUUCUGGCGAAACCAGAGCAGUGCAUGGAAACAUUUAACUUCCCGCCAGAGCGGUACCUAUUUAUCUACUUGCACUUGACGUGCUUUCAAACUGCUAGGUGGGCAGGAGCUGGGACCGAACAAUGGGAGCUCACCCCAUCGCGGGGAUUCAAACUAGUGGUACCUCAGGUUAAGUACUUAAUUCGUUCUGGAGGUCUGUUCUUAACCUGAAACUGUUCUUAACCUGAAGCACCACUUUAGCUAAUGGGGCCUCCUGCUGCUGCCGUGCUGCCGGAGCCCGAUUUCUGUUCUUAUCCUGAAGCAAAGUUCUUAACCUGAAGCACUAUUUCUGGGUUAGCGGAGUCUGUAACCUGAAGCGUAUGUAACCUGAAGCAUAUGUAACCCGAGGUACCACUGUACUGUUAAGUAAAACAUAUUUGAUUACCACUCUCUGUUACAGAAUAGGUUCUCCAUACUUACAGGGAGGAAUUCAACAUAGCAUUAGGCAGAUUGCUCUUUCAGUGCAAGCUUUUCUGCUUGUCUGAUGGAAUGAUCUGCCUUUUCCGGGGUUGAUUCUGAGUAGUUCUUCUAACUCUAUAUACAUAAUGUUUAUAUGUGCUAAGAACCUUAGAAUACCUUAGUGAGAAAUGGAGUGAGACUGUUUUGUAUUUUGUACUUUGGUUAGCUGCUAGGAUAAGACUCAGUAUUUUGUUUAUGUUUCUUCUUGAAAUUACAGCUAUAUAUUUGACCUGUUUGAAAAGGUCCAAAUCACAUCCCAAACCCAAGCAUCUCUCCUUGAGUCACUGGAACAAAUCCUACAGUAUUUAGCAGGCCGUAAGUAUACACAUUAUACUUUGGAAAAAUAGGGGGUGGGGAGAAAGUUUGAAAGCAGGGUAUAAUAUUGUGAGAGUGCACAGCAUUGCAUGAGCCCAAGAAACAGACCUGAAAAUAGUUAAGGUACAUCUAGAGAAAAUGAAACAAGGCAGGAGACAACUAGAAUACAGGUGAGAGAUUCAUGGUGAAUAUGAUUGAACACAAGAACUCAUUAUGAAACCUAUUCUGUAUGGUGGGGAUGGUGAAUAAGCAACAGACGUCCAUGGGGAAAGAUCCUAGAAUCUUCAGAGGCAUCUUAUGAUAAGUUUGCUAAACAUUUUGAGUAUACAAUUUUGUUUGUCAAUUGUUUUGAGUUUACUUUUGUGAAAAAGAAGAAAAGUGACUAAUAAAUGUAAUAAAUAAGAAUAUGUAAUAAAAUUGCUUAUAUCUUCUCUGACCUUGAUGCCUCAUUUGUAACAGUGUUUGGGGCUAUUACCAGAAUGCCAUCAGGGCCAAGUUCGUGGGAUGAGUUUCAGUUGAUGUGUCCUGAGGAUGUAGACGGAGUACUCUGUGGCUGAUCUUUUGUGUCCUUCCCCCUUGCCCAUGAUGGCUAAUUAUUUCUAGUAAAAGGAGAUUGAGUCCAGGAAGCACAGUGGUACCUCUGAAUGUGAACGGGAUCUGUUCCGGAGCCCCGUUCGCAUCCUGAAGCGAACGCAACCUGCGCGGAUCGCGAUUCACCGCUUCUGUGCAUUCGUGUGACGUCAUUUUGAGCGUCUGUGUGAGCGGCGAAACCCGGAAGUAACAUUUUCAGUUACUUCCAGGUCACCGCGGAAUGCAACCCGAAAAAGCUCAACCUGAAGCAACUUCAACUUGAGGUAUGACUGUAAUUAAUGCCUGAUUUGCCCCUAUUGGAAUUCAUUUUGUUAGUUUUGGCCAGGGCACUGUAACAGAUGCCAGAAUCUUUGCCCAGUGCCUCCAUGCCUACAACACAGUGUUCAUAAAUGGAUUUUUGAUGAUUGUGAGAAAAGUCAUGCAAAAAUGUUACAAUAUUCUCCCCUGCCUUUAGGUACUGGCAUAUUCAUCAAUACAGCUGGGUUGCAUAAAUUUACAGACAUAAUUCAGGUAAAUAUAUGUUGCCUCCUCUUUUGUAGUUUCAAAGACUGAAAGGCACUAUGGAGAGAGUUAUAAAUUCAGUAAUAACAUUCCAAGUGAGCUUUUCAUGUCAUUCUGUGAAUAUCUUCAUAAUGCACAUUAUGUAAACCUGGGGCAAGUGGGUAAUUAGAGAACAGGACGGUUAAAAUCACUUUACAGAAUUCUGCUGCACUCUCAUGUUCAACCUGCUCAGGUCCGAAGCUGUGAUAAGGUAGGGUGGUUGGUUGUGUUUGUGUAAGUUUAUUAUGGUGAAGGAAAAAGAAAUUUUGCUUGAUGGUGGCAGCAAUCAAAGCUGUGGUCAUUUCCACUUGGUAUUCUUUGUCUUUGAAGAGAGGCUUUGAAUGCCAAUUUACUGUACACAAUGGAAUGAGAGUUCUAAGGGAUGUGGUCUGCAUUUUUCAGUUUAGAAACUGUAGCAUAUUUGUGAUUCACUGGAACAUAUCUGGGAGAGAUUUAAGGAGACCAGAUUGAGCUGGUGCAGUGUAAACCGGGCAUAGACCACUGGUCAUUUUAGCUAGGGAUGAUGGAAGUUGUAGUCCCAAAACAUGGAGGGCCGAGUUUUCCUGUGCCUGGUGUAAACCUUUCCUGCAGAUCAAGAACAAAUCCUAUGGGAAUCCUAUCCGUUAGACACAGUAACCUCUAUGUUUGCUUUGAGCACUGGAUGGGUCUUGACAGGAAAUGCUGGUGAGGGUGAGCAGGAUGGUGAUAGAGUCUGGGGAAAAAAGAGCAGUAGAAAAAUCUGGGUAUCUUUAGGCUGGAGAUGAGGAGGAGGAUGACCAGGAAAUUGACAGUGUCUAAAACCAAGAGGUUAGGUAUGUUUAGUCUGCAGAAGAAAAAAUUAAAGGGAGAUGCAUUUGCUUGUGGUAUUUCCACAUAGGUUUUCAUUUCAAAUCUUCUAGAUUCCAGACAAGUCAUUAUCCAUUGCAGUUAUAGGAAAUUGCAAUGAUAGGAAAUGAACUAAGACUUAUUUAACUUCUUCAUAAACUUAAUGCAAAUGAGUUAAUUUUUUUGUACAUGGAUUAAGUUUUGAUAGCCUUAAUUUUGCUCUUUCUACAGUGCCAUGAAGUAUAUGUAAGAGUACUGAGAAACCUUUUGCUCCUCAGGGUACCAUCCUUUCAGAUUGCUUAAACUUGCUUCAUAUUAAUACCUUAUAAUAUAGGAAAUGUAAAUCUAUCCAAACUGUUUUAUCCAGAAUAUUAGCAGUGAUUUUUGGCCAUUUCCCCUACCACAAAACAUCCAACAGCAUCUCCUGACCAGCUACCAGUAAUAAUGAAAUAAACUGUUUUUUUAGAAACAGAAUUGUAGGCCAUUCGUUUUUAUUAACUUCUUGAGCUCUCUGAUGUAGUUCUUUUAACUUCCACUAGGGGGCGAUCACUCUCCAAGCUAUAAUAUAUACUGACUUUUCUGUGUAUAAGACUAGGUUUUUUUACUUUUAAAAAGGGUUAAAAAUCUGGGGGCAUCUUAUACACGAAUAGUGCAUAUGCCCAUUUUCUAAAUUUGGAGUCCCUAAAAGUAGGGUGCAUCUUAUACAUGGGGGCACAGAAAAAUACAGUACUUUUUAAAGAUAUUCGGAUAGUAGGGCAGCUAUAGUUAUUCUAAUAAAACACAUCAUAUUGUCAUUGUAUCUCUUUAUAUGUGCAUUGGUGUUUACACAUUUGUAAAGUACAUUUGUUGAUUAAUUAGGCAUGAUUAUAUGCCAGUUAAAUUAUAUAUGAGUGAGGCGGUUUGGCAAGCUCGGGCAGGGCAGAGUGAGUUGGGGGAGGGCCGUGCCCCCCCUAGUAAUACUAAAGUAAAGGUAAAGGUACCCCUGACCGUUAGGUCAGUUGCGGAUGACUCUGGGGUUGCGGUGCUCAUCUCGCUUUACUGGCCGAGGGAGCCGGCGUUUGUCCGCAGACAGCUUCCGGGUCAUGUGGCCAGCAUGACUAAGCUGCUUCUGGCAGCGCACGGAAACACCGUUUACCUUCCCGCCGGAGCGGUACCUAUUUAUCUACUUGCACUUUGACGUGCUUUCAAACUGCUAGGUGGGCAGGAGCAGGGACUGAACAACAGGAGCUCACCCCGUCGCGGCGAUUCAAACUGCCGACCUUCUGAUUGGCAAGCCCUAGGCUCUGUGGUUUAGACCACAGGGCCACCUAUGCUAGUAAUACUAUAAGAAGGUAAAAAGAGCCUGGCUGCUGGAUCAGGCCAAUGGCGCAUCUAUUCCAGCAUCCUGUUUUCACAGUGGCCAACCAGAUGCCUUAAUGGGAAACCAGAAGCAGGACCCAAGCACAAGAGCACUCUCACCGCCUGUGGUUUCCAGUAACUGAUAUUCAGAAGCAUUAAGCCUCCAGCCGUGGAGACAGAGCACAGCCACCAUGGCUAGAAACCACUGAUAGCCUUCUCCAUGAAUUUGUCUAAUUCGCUCUUAAAACCAACUAAGUUGAUGGCCAUCAAUGCCUGCUGCGGGAGCAAGUUACAUGGUUUUUACUAUGUACUGCAUGAAUAAGUCCUUCUUUUUGUCCAGAGCGCUGUAUAAGAUACACCAUUCAUCUCUUAUACACCAAUAUCUUGUUCCCCCUUAGCUGCCUUUUUUCCUAAACUGAAAAGUGGCUAUUUAUGUCUACUCAGAAGUAAGCCUGUGGAACCCUAGGAGUAAUCGUUGGCAAAGUGAGAACUAAAACGCCCACAAAUUGCCCUUCUGCACACUGUUACCCUUUACAGUGGUACCUCUGGAUGCGAAUGGGAUCUGUUCUGCAGCCCUGCUCGCAUCCUGAAGUGAACGCAACGCAUGUCUGCGCGGGUUGCAACUCGCCGCAUCUGCGCAUGUGCGUGGCGUCAUUUUGAGCGUCUGCGCAUGUGCGAGCGGCGAGACUCGGAAGUAACACAUUCCAUUACUUCCAGGUCGCUGUGGAGCGUAACCUGAAAACGCUCAACCUGAAGCAUAUUUAGCCCAAGGUAUGACUGUUCUGAGCUUUCAGCCUGGUGAUAGAGUUGGAAGCCUUGCAAAGGUGUUGCGGAUAACCAGCAGAAAUCCUUUUUUAUUUUGAAAUUAUUUUGUUUUUAUGAUGAAGCCAUUCAGAAGCAUGCUGAAUCUUAUUUACCUUGCUUGAAAGGCAUGGUGGGUUUUCCCUCCCCAUCUUACAUUUUCUCCCAUCUUGUUUCCUAGACUGUUUUUAAUUUCCGUCCAUCAGAAGGCACGUCUAGUUCCAUCCUGGGCUGCUCGGUCUCAAAGUAUUAUAAGGUAUGUUGUGCUGUUCUGAGGCUGAUUUCCUACUUUAGCUUGCCUGUGGUGCUGAAAAUAGGGACACGGGUGGCGCUGUGGUCUAAACCACAGAGCCUAGGGCUUGCCAGUCAGAAGGUCGGCGGUUCGAAUCCCCGCAACGGGGUGAGCUCCUAUUGCUCGGUCCCAGAACCUAGCAGUUCAAAAGCACAUCAAAGUGCAAGUAGAUAAAUAGGUACCGCUUCAGCGGGAAGGUAAACAGCAUUUCCGUGCGCUGCUCUGGCUCAUCAGAAGUGGCUUAGUCAUGCUGGCCACAUGACCCAGAAGCUGUAUGCUGGCUCCCUCGGCCUGUAAAGCGAGAUGAACGCCACAACCCCAGAGUCGUCCGCAACUGGAUCUAACGGUCAGGGGUCACUUUACCUUUAUGGUGCUGAAAAGUCAAAAGAUUUUAGUUUUUUAUAGGCUUAGCAAUAAAUGGUUGAAUUAAGUUUGAGGAAAAAGAGGGCUGCAUGAGUUUACCAUAGUAUAAUUAGUGACUUUAUGCCUUUUCAGUUGUAAGAUACUGCAAAAGAGUAAGUUAAUACCUUUUCAGAAUUUACUCAGUUCCUUGUUCAAACUGCAUAGGCCCACUUACAACAUGUUGCCUGCUAGUAGAAGCUGGUUCUGUUCAUUGCUCCCUUGCAAACUUCAUUGUGGUGAUGCAAGUAGCAUAGAUGUUCUAUUCUUGUACUUCAUAUUUAUUGAUUAUGCCUCUUAGGUCCACAUCCAUUUAGAUGCAAGUAAUCAUAAAAAGAAGCAGAGGACAGACCUGUGGAACUCGUCAGCAACUAAAAAACAAGGUGACAAUGCUGAUACGUUGCUUUGAUCAUGUAAAUCUUUCAGCCCAGGUUUCUUCAACUUAAAUGAGAACUGGAGGCAGCUGUGUGUGCCAUGACAGCAAUCUAUAAUCUCAUUUGGCCAGGACAUUUUCUAGCCAGGUUUUGUGAAACCAUUGCGUAGUUUUGUCAUUGCACUGUGUAAUUGUGCUUCCAAAAUUUAAUGUUGUAUUUGAAGGUAUUGAUGCUGUGCUGUUGAUUUUGGGAAGAACUGAGGGGGCAAAGAUAGGCAAAAGCAGGGCAAACAGUGGCAUUGUUGCGUUCUCAAAGUAAAGGAAGGAUUGAACUCUGAUUAAUAAGAAUACACACAGAGACUUGAACCAGCAAGACUCUGGGAAGGGUGCGUAUAAUCGUGUCUCUCUGUGCCUGUCUGUCAGAUCUCCGCAGCCCCUGGGCCAGGCUGUUUUAUUCACAAAAGAACUUUUUACAGAGUGUUCAUAAGAACCAAUCAUUUCCUCUGAGCAUUUAAACAAACCCACGUGGGGACAAGUUAAACUACUAAAACUAAUUAAGCACAAAUAUUUCUGGGGUAAACAAAGAACAGAACUACAAAGAAGAGCAUCUGGCAACCCCGGAGGUAAUAAACAAGCAAUACAUAUGAUAAGGAGGAUGGCCAGGAGGACAGUGACCAUUAUCCCCUUAAUGUGAGAUCUGUUUCCUGGCCCUAAGAUUAACAUCCUAAGAUUAAUAUCAGAAAACUACAAAGACGAAACUGCCCAGUCUUUGAGGACACAGGACGCCUGCCUGUCUAAGUGUGUAUGUGAUUUGUGAAGAGCAAGGAGAAAUGGGCAGCAAAGGCAAAAGGGCAUCAAAAGGGCAUGAAUGUAGAAUCUUAUGGGAUUUAAUCAGAAAUUAUCGUCAAUAUAUCAAACCCAGUCAACACAAUGUCUUCAUUGUGGACACAAUGGCUUGAUGUAUAUUCUGUAAUUCCUCAUGGUAAUCCCAUCUGAUCCCUACAGGCAUGACCAUGUAGCUUAGGUAAUCAAGGACUGGGAGUCUUAGACAUAGGAAGGAAGCUAGGAGGACCAUUAUCUUCCAUUUUCAUUCCCCAGAUGAUAUGCAUCAGCCUUUUGACUGCACACACGGACUCCUUACCUCCCUCUAUGCCACAAGUUGUCAUUAAAUCAGGAAACCUAAAUUUAAACAGAUUUCCCUGUUUUGCUGCUAUCUUUGGAAUAAGCUGACUUCAAACUGUGGCUUAAUAUUCUGGCUUGUUCUGAAGUUUGCAACCAUGGUUCCCCUGCUUUGGACAAAAUGGGAAUCAAUGCUUAAUUUAGAGCACGGGUGGGAAACCUGUGGCCCUCCAGAGAUUGCUGGACUACAGAUCCCAUCAUCCUUGGUCAGUGGCCAUAUCAGCAAGGGAUGAUGGGGGUUGGAGUCGAACAGCAUCUGAAAGGUUACAUAUUUCCCAUCCCUAAAUUAGAAUUAAGUACUGAUUUGUUUGCAGCUUGAAUGAAAGGAGGUGUACAGAAGCAAAGGGUGUGUGUAUAUCUCACAUUAUUACAAUAGCCAAACUUGGUGUGUUCUAAAGAGCAAAAAUGAAUUCAUUUGACCUUUAGCCUCUAAUGAUGCUGAUGCACUUAUAAAGGUAUGUUCCCAUAUAAAUAUUUCACCCCCCACAGUUGUUGUCGUAAGUAAUUUGAUAAAUUAUAUUUAUUUUACACAUACCAAUUCUGAGUGGGGAAAACUCUUGUUUAGGUUUACUUCAAGUACUUCCUACUGGUCAUAGCAUGUCCUUGUACUUUAGUUCCAGAAACUCUUGCAGGCAGUCUAGGCAGUACACAUUUUCCUUGUGUAGAAAUGUGGUGAAUAAUACAGAAAACAAAGAAUCUGGAGUGUUGAUAAGAGAACCUUGAGAAUUGAAGCCUACAAAUACAAAUAUCGCAAUUCCUUUGCUUGUUCCAUGCUCUGCCUCUACUUUCUUUUGUGCCAGAAAUGUGAUACCGAGUGAAGUGCCAAAUUAAAUGGUCGCCUUCCCAAACUUGAUAUCCCCUCCUCCCUUCCAUGUAAAUACAGAGUCAAUCCAUGUCAUACAGAGCAAAGUGAAAGAGGUUCUCUGAGUAUACUCUCAUGAUUUUCACCCCUGCCAGGCAACUGUGCCAUGCAUAAAAUCUGUAGGUUUGGUGAAUUCAUCUCUCAGAGCCCAUCAUUCAACCAUCUCAGCAUUUCUCUAUCUUCUCAUGUCCUACAGCUAAGCACUUUUUGAAAGUGCUACCUGCCAGUGAUAGAAUACAUAGCUGCAUUGACUUUUUUAUUUUGUCCCAAGUUAGCCAAUGGCUACUUCUAGUCAAUGUGUUCAUCCUUCAGAACGGGUUUUCUAGAGGCGAUAUGGUGAGCUGUCUGCACUCAGAUCUGACUCUCCUUGUAUCUAUGCAGUUCUGCAGUGAUAAACAUUGAGGUACACCCAGAUACUGCUUUCCUUCCUAAGAUAGAAUUGUUUUAUGUCAGUCAAGAACUUGCUCUACCUAACUUCUUCUCUUCUCCAUCAGAAGGGAAACCAGUUCUGCACAAGACAUUAAAAUAAAGUUGCCUUUCUACUUGAAAACAUCUUCCAAGGCUCUAGGGCGUUUGUAAGAUACUGCUCUUUACAAAGGACCACUCAAAGGAUCCUUUUAAUAGUGUUUACAUGUUUUAGGGCAUUUUUAAAAAAUAAUAACUUUUGUAAAAGUUUUUUGGAACUCACAAUUUCUUAAUGCUGUGCAUUAAGGCUGUCUGAGAAGAUGUUAAUUAGUUCAAGGCCCGUGGUUGCUUACAAGUGGCCUGCUAUAUCUGCUUGCAGUAACUUGCUCUUUGCUCCAGCCACAGUGAAUACCUCUUAACGUUUUGCCUUGAUGUUUUGUUUGAUACAGGAAAGGUCUUGAGCUAUUGGUGUUUCAGUCCUGGAUACAGCAUGCACGAGUUAGUUCGUCAGGAAGUCCGAACAAUCAUUCUCACUAGCGGGACACUCUCUCCACUAUCGUCUUUUACUAUGGAAAUGCAGAUGUGAGUCUCUCUCUGUUGCUCCUAUGACAAAAGGCAGCUUGAGUUGGGUUAUAUCCUGUCCUGGGUUUCAGUGAAAGUCAUUGAGGAACAAGUAUGGGAUUUUCAGGUUCAAGGUUUAUUUCUUACGUGUGGGAUGCUUUUGACAAGGUAUUUGAAGAAACAUCAUCACACAUUUCCUGUGAUGCAAAGUGAGCCCUGAGCACACCAGUGAUUGGCUGUUCUUGGAGGUCAGUUUCAGUACAUGUGGAAGUGCCAUGGGAAAAGUCCUCCCUCUAAAUUGUUUGGAAAUUGGCACCAGUUUAAACCUGCCUCUUGAAUUUACUAAUUUGCCAUUUAAUUGUGAUCUGAGGAUGAGGAUGGUGAUAAUUGAUUGCUCGCUCUUCACCCUAUUGUCCCAGGGCAGGUUACAGCAAGUAAAACACAGUGUUAAAACAAGCUUAAAACAACCUACAAUCACAGAAAUAAAGUGGGUCCUAAAAGUAUAUGUGGCAGAGAGAUGCCCAAAAAAUUUACUGAAGAGAUAGAUUUUUUUUCUCUUUUUAGUUUACUUACUGUGAGGCAAUUAUUAAUUACAUACUGGACCACUAUUUAUGUUCAUAUUAACAGAUGUUCAGUUUUAAAUGCUGUUGUGCGAUAGAUUAGCCCACAGUGAACAACCAGAUCAUGAAAUCUAAGAGCCGGAAGGGACCCUGACUUACUCAGUUUUUUGCUUCUUGUGUAUUCUCCUGCCCAAAGCUCAAACCACCAACCUUCUGGUUAGCAGCCAGGCACACUGCCCAUUGCGCCGCCUGAGGCGCUCAUGUGCCUGAGGCUAGAGGACUCGUUCUUUAAAUUUCUGCCUGUUUGUUAAAGGCACCAUUUUGCUUGGGCUUGCCUCUUCGGUGUUGUGUAUUUUAUGUGCAUAUACUCUACCUCAUUAUUUUGGGGCAUCCCUGUUUCUAUGUUAUUCCAUACCACCUGGGCCAGUAACUUGUUUUAGCUGACCAGACUCCUUUUUUUAAAGGACCUAUACAGUUAGGUUUAAAAAUAUCCUCUGGCUUGCUGACAUGUGACGCAUCCUCAUGAAAGGUUCAUUUGCCCAGGCCACACAGGGAUCAUGUAAUUUAGAUGAUCAACAUAACAACCUCUCUCCAGUUUUUUGUCCCUGCCUCUACCCAUCCAGUUUGUGUAUAACCUCCUCUCUCUAUUUCUGGAUUGUGCCUUGUUUUCCCCGCGUCCAUUUUCGACUCCACCUCUUACUCAGUUUCUUGCUCCUUGACUGUUCUCUACGUAUUUUUAUGUGUGUGAAAAAAAUCCUUACCUUUCCCGUAUUAGUUUCUCCCCCAUUGUUGUGCCCGGACACGGAGGUCCAGUGCCGAGGACCUUCUGGCGGUUCCCUCGUUGCGAGAAGCCAAGUUACAGGGAACCAGGCAGAGGGCCUUCUCGGUAGUGGCACCCGCCCUGUGGAACGCCCUCCCACCAGAUGUCAAAGAGAAAAACAACUACCAGACUUUUAGAAGACAUCUGAAGGCAGCCCUGUUUAGGGAAGCUUUUAAUGUUUAAUAGACUAUUGUAUUUUAAUAUUGUGUUGGAAGCCGCCCAGAGUGGCUGGGGAAACCCCUACUUGGUGAAAGGUUACUAUUCAGUCACCCGGUCAAAACACCUCUCCCAUGGGGCCUGUGCCAGUGCUGGGAUUGCAGCAGGCAGCGUUGGAAGACCCAAGUGCUUCCAGCCAUGAAUUCUCCCCAUGUGGAAUCUCUCUUGGCCACCAGGCAUGGGGUUAGAAGAGCAUAGGAGGCUGCAUGAGGAUUUGGCAGCCAGCAGGUCCCUCACUUCACAGGCCAGCACCCUUUCCCCCACCUCUACAGUUGGAGCAGCAGCCAUAUUCACUAGAGUCUUCAACUGCUGGAUCAGAACCCUCUGUCAAGCCCCAGCCUGAUCUAAGGCAGGUCAUAACAGCAGCAUUGCUGCCAUAAAGUACACGGUAAAGAAAUGGGUCCCCAAAUGCAUGUUUAAGUUAAAGUUGGGUCCCGUCUCUGAAAAAGUGUGGCGACUACGGUUCUCAGAGAGUUAGGCUGCAAUGUUUUCUCUGAUCACCAGAGGCCAUCAAAGGACACGAUAAGUUUAGUACAGGGGUAGACAGCCUAAGGCCUGGGGGCCGGAUGCGGCCCAAUCGCCUUCUCAAUCCGGCCCGCAGACGGUCCGGGAAUCGGCGUGGUUUUACAUGAGUAGAAUGUGUGCUUUUAUUUAAAAUGCGUCUCUGGGUUAUUUGUGGGGUCUGCCUGGUGUUUUUGCAUGAGUAGAAUGUGUGCUUUUAUUUAAAAUGCAUCUCUGGGUUAUUUGUGGGGCAUAGGAAUGCGUCAUCCCCCCCCCCCCAAAAUAGUGCAGCCCACCACAUGGUCUGAGGGACGGUAGACCGGCCCACGGCUGAAAAAGGUUGCUGACCCCUGGUUUAGUGCCUUCUCUUCUAUUUCAGCUAAUAGGGGAACUUUCCUUUCUAAAUGGCAGCAGAGCCCGGUAGGCUUAUCACAGCUUUACAUUUCCUCUUCAAGUGGCUUUGCUGAGUUUUCUUCAUUCUUUUGUCUUUCCUGUUAUAAUCUCUCAGAUUUUAGAGCUUCAUCACAGACCGAAAGAAAAGAAAGGAAGAGAAACUGGAGAGAGGUUGUUAUACUAAUAAUCAAAGUCACAUGAUCCCUGGGGAAAUCAGAACAUAAAACUCCUCAUACAAGUUCAUUAUACAAGUUCAUUAUACCAGCCUAGAAAGUCUAUGCAUGGUAAAUGACCUAAUGUUCCUUUCUGGCUUCACUGCUGUGAUCCCCUAACACUGGAGUUAGAAUGCACACGUAGAGAUAUCUGUCAUAUAACUUUUAAAAGAAACUGCAGAUCGCUAAGAGCAUCAUUCUCUCUUUAAAAAAAAUUUUUUUUAAUUGAUUUUCCAAUAUUUUCCCAAAAACAGCCUCAUUAUAACAGCGGAAUUGGGGGCCGUCACGGCAGCCAGAGUGCUCUGUGCACCCAGUGCCUUUCCCUGCCCUUGCAUUCCAUGGGGAAACUGAGUGCCAGACCGCCAGGCACUUUGGAUGGGAGCCUGGUUCCUCUUCCAACCAAAGAGGAAUGCAGAUAAUGGAAUUCCCCCAUCAAUUUCUGAUUAACUCCAUCUGUCUCUCUCCCACCGUGUUGGGAGAGACUCUGAUCCUGGAAGCUGGAAGCCCAGAGCAUCAUUCUCUGAAUAGGAAAAUUGAUUGUCAAGUGUGAAGCCUGUGUGCUUGGAGAUAGGAUUAAGUUGGUGUCCUCCUACCAUGGGUAGAAUUCCUUGAGCAACCAAGAUGGUUCCUGACUGCUGCAAGGAAUAAAAGUUAACGUGCAUCUAUUUAAUGUAGUGCAAAUUGCUCCAAUGUAAGUUACCAACUGCCUACAAAUGGUUGACAUCCUAACUGGCAUCAUAUGAUGGUCCUGUUGCUCAGGUUUAAGCUAAUCUAUAAAGUUUAUAGAACUGACAGGUUGGUGAAGUCUGACUGUCUUUUUGUUUUCCUUUAGUCCCUUCCCAGUUUGUUUGGAAAACCCACACGUUAUCGAUAAACACCAGAUAUGGGUGGGGAUAAUCCCUAAAGGACCUGAUGGUGGUUUGCUGAGUUCCACCUAUGAAAAAAGGUAAUAGGGUUCCUUCCUUCCAGUUUAAUAAUCUUGUUGCAGACUUCGGUACUGCAUCAAUUUACUGCACAUGCGCUCGACACAAAUUCUCUGCAGAAAAAUCGUAUUUGUGAUUUUUGGGAAUACAGAGCCCAAAUUCAUACAUAACAAAAAGCUUUAUGAGACUGUGUUAUAGUGAGACUUGAAUUUGACCCCUCCCUCUCUUCACUCCUUCACAUGCAAAGGAAAAACAGUUAAUAUUUUAAUUUUCUGUUGUGGAACAAACCCCAGCUUUCUGUUACUCUAAAAUACAUUUUUUUUAGGUCCAGCAACUAGACCCGUGCAAGGUGUUCCAAGUGAGAUUGCACCAGAUUUGUACAAUGGCAUAAUGAUAUUGGGAGUUUUUGUUUCAUUCCCUUUCCUAAUAACCCCUAAUAUGGGAUUCACAUUUUUCACAGCUGCAACACACUGGGUCAAUAUUUUCAUCAAGAUACCCACAAUGAGCCCAAUAUCUCUCUUUCUGGAGCAGUCACCUCUAAUUCAGAGAGGAAGGUGCAGGAGGCAAACACAAAAGAGCCAGAAAGUAGAGGAAACUUGUGAGAAGUUUCUGUUUCAGAGUUAGAACUUCACCAUAUGACUCUCUGUGGCCAGAGAUAAGAGUCCACUCCACGUAGGACAAUAAGCAUGAUUUCUAAGGAAGGCUAAACCAGGCACUGCACUCAUUUCAACCUCACCUACCCCUUUUUCUUAGUUUAAUGACCAUGGGCGGCAUGGGGGUGGGCAGGGAAGGCAAGCCCCCUUCCUCAAACACGGAGAUUCCUUCCCCCUGUUUGCUGGACUUCCAUUAACAUAUCCUGUUAAUUUUUUUCAGUGAUCUUAGCACGCUCACCUAGAAAUAUACUUUGCCUCUUCUGUCCCCCACCCAUUGUUUUCUACUGUUGACACUGUUAAUGACUCAGCGAUUUAAACUUUUAUAACUUCUGUAGAUGAUUCUUUGGAUCAUAUGACUAGAUACAUUCUAAUAAAUUACAGGGACCUGUUUUUUCAGUGAAUCAGUCAAUAGGGGAAAGAAGAGAGUGAUAGUCAUGUCUUAAGGGUGACAAACGGUUCAUUGUAUUCCUUUGGUGAUGACUGUGGGGGCACCAGGCAUUCUUUACUUUCCAACAUGUAGAAGCUGGGUGCUGACAGAUAGUUGUUGUUUUUGCAGAUUUUCAUCAGAGUGUCUGUCAUCUCUUGGGAGAACAAUAGGUAAGAUCGAGAAGACCUUCUGCUCCAACAUGACUGAAAUCCACACGGAUUUAAAUCAACACUGUGCGCUUAGCCAAGCAAUGCAGCUGCUACACCGUGGGUAGGCAACCUAAGGCCCGGGGGCCGGAUGCGGCCCAAUCACCUUCUCAAUCCAGCCCGUGGACGGUCUGGGAAUCAGCGUAUUUUUACAUGAGUAGAAUGUUGCUUUUAUUCAAAAUGCGUCUCUGGUUUAUUUGUGGGGCAUAGGAAUUCAUUCAAUUUUUUUUGGUCAAAAUAUAGUCCGGCCCCCCACAAGGUCUGAGGGACAGUGGACCGGCCCCCUGCUGAAAAAGUUUGUUGGUCUCCCACCAACUGAGGCGUUAAAUACUGUUGGGGGGUGGAAAUGUGUCCUUGACUCCCCCCUUGAAGAGCUGCUGCCAAUCAAAUAAAAUGCAAAUAAAAAUUUUAAUUAAAAAUAAUAAUACUGAAAUCAGGGUGAACUUGGUCUUAAUAUUUGUUUGUUUUGUUUUGGCAGGUAAUCUUGUUCGAAUCACACCACAUGGGCUGCUUGUUUUCUUCCCUUCAUAUCCUGUCAUGGAUAAAAGCCUGGAAUAUUGGAGAGUAGGUUAACAUGGCCUUUUCUGUCCUAUAAAGCGACAUUAAGCAAUAUGCAUUGUUCACGCUGCUAGUCAUUAACGAGAACCUAUACAAACAAUAUUGGUGUUUGAGUUGAGUGGAUUUGUGCACAGUUUUGACAGAUGGUAAGGAAAUAAUAAGAUUGCUCCACACAGUCUUCAGCUCAGUCCUCAUUAACUGCUGUCACUGCAUUGUUGCCAAAAAGGAGUUGAAUGGUGACAUGGCUUAAAGCUGUAAGUAUUGGCAACCUGAGCAUUUUCCCCAUCUGAUCUGAAGCGAUACGAUCAGAUUCUAUACAACGAGGAGUUAGGCAAAGUAACUUGUUCACCAGAGGGCAUAAAACACAAUUGAGAUGGCAUUACCUUACAGGUUCCAACAGCUAUCGCCUCUCUUUCAUGUUCUGGCUUGAUUCAAAUUAGUGCAAUAAUUUUAAUUUAAAACUUUCUGGCUUGUGGCAUUGGAAUAAAGCAAGAGACUAUAUUUCUUGUUUACUUUAGGAAACCUUGAAUUUCAAAAAUACUCACAUGUUGGAAACAUGCCCCAGGAUUCUUGCUUGCUCAUCCAAAGAAUCAGAGCUUGUUGUCUGGUGCUAACAGGCAUGAAACCUUUGUCCGGUUUUGGUGUGGAGGCGGGGGUGUGUGUGUGUGUGUCUUAGGUGACUGCACACCUGCUUUUAUUCCAUCUAUCAAGCAGGCAGGAAAAUCCCACACCUUGUUUGAAGUAGUUGAUUCACUUGCUUGACUCACUUGUACUAGUCCCUCUCUUUGUUUUCUCACAGGAGCAUGAUUUAGCUGGAAGAAUUGAAGCAGUUAAACCAAUGUUUGUGGAACCAAGAAACAAAGGAACCUUCACAGAGGUUGGCAAGACUUUACACUGUUAUGCUGCGUAGUAACUUGGUUCCUGGCUGCUUAGUCAGACUGCUACUGAGCAACCUUGAGCCUGGUCCCAGGGAAAUGAGAAUCUGGUUGUUAGUGAUGUCUGAUAUACAGCUUGAGAUUGUUGUUGUUUAGUCGUUUAGUCGUAUCUGACUCUUUGUGACCCCAUGGACCAGAGCACGCCAGGCACUCCGGUCUUCCACUGCCUCCCGCAGUUUGGUCAAACUCAUGCUGAUAGCUUCGAGAACACUGUCCAACCAUCUCGUCCUCUGUCGUCCCCUUCUCCUUGCGCCCUCCAUCUUUCCCAACACCAGGGUCUUUUCCAGGGAGUCUUCUCUUCUCAUGAGGUGGCCAAAGUAUUGGAGCCUCAGCUUCACGAUCUGUCCUUCCAGUGAGCACUCAGGGCUGAUUUCCUUAAGAAUGGAUAGGUUUGAUCUUCUUGCAGUCCAUGGGACUCUCAAGAGUUUUCUCCAGCACCAUAAUUCAAAAGCAUCAAUUCUUUGGAGAUCAGCUUUCUUUAUGGUCCAGCUCUCACUUCCAUACAUCACUACUGGGAAAACCAUAGCUUUAACUAUACGGACCUUUGUUGGCAAGGUGAUGUCUCUGCUUUUUAAGAUGCUGUCUAGGUUUGUCAUUGCUUUUCUCCCAAGAAUCAGGCGUCUUUUAAUUUCGUGACUGCUGUCACGAAGUUAGGUGGGCUAACAGGAAUAGUGGCAGUUUCCUCCUAGCAGUUUUAUUGGUUUUAUCUUGCUCACAUAGCACCCCAUGCACCAGAAGGUAUCUGUUUUUUCUAUUAGUGUUUUCUUGAAGCUUGAGCCUUAAUCGAAAUCCUGACAUUUGGGUUAUACGCAGUAGUGGUUGGUAGAGCAGAGUUGCUCACCUGGCUUCCCAGUCCCAAGCAUCACUGCCUGUUACUGAAAGGGAGAUGGGGAGAGACAAGGCGUCAGGACGCUUGCCACAGGGUGCCGCAGCACUGUAACCAAUCAGAUGCUUCACCCAUGAUGCCAAGUUCCACCCCUUACCUUCCUCUUCCCCUUUUCAGUAAUUGAUAGUGAUACUCAAGAUUUGGAAACCAGGUGAGCAGUGCCACUGUGCCAGAUGUAUGACAUAGAUCACAAGUACACAUUCAUCACUUUGGCCUUGAAACACCAUAUAACUCUAAAUAAAAAUGUAUGAUGAACAGCAGGUUAACAUUAAAAAAAUCAUUCAGAAAGUUCAAGUGAGUUAAAAGCAAAUUGGACAUUGGACAUAUUUUUGACUCCUGGCAAUUUUAGAUUUUAGAUCCUUGCUUCCUUUAGAUUUUUAUAGACUUUUAAUUCUUUUUAGUUUUUCAAAUAGUUUUUUGUAUUUUAAAUAACUGUAAACCCCCCCCCCCUUUUAGGCUGGCCUAUGAUCGUAAUAAAGAUUAGAUUUGUUUUGACUCCUGGCAAAAGCACUUUGGAAACAGUGCAAUGUUUUGAAUAAUCUGCUAAAAAUCUCUGGAACUUUAUUGCAUAGAACAGCCCUCGCACACACACCCUCUUAAUGAAUUCCCAUGUAUCACACCUCUUGGGCAAAACCUUUUUACAGGAAUUUUUUUUUUCUUCUGAAAAAGCAGCGUGUACCCUGCAGAUAGGGCUUCCUUCCUUCAUCAUUGCUUUUUCUUCUUGGUGGGACUGCACGUUCAACUCUUCUUAUCAAACAGUUAGUCAUGCUUGAAUUCCACUGAAAACAAAGUGCAGUGCUGGUUUUUUAAAAUAACUUUGUUUAUGAACUUUCAUUUAAAAAUCUCAGAUCGAUCCAUAAGUAAACCCACCAUUUUCCUAACCUUGAAAUUUCUCUGCCAGGUUAUCCUAAUUUUCCAAACAUUUAUGUGCAUAUAAAAUGCUACAUAUUUCCUGUUUGUCUUGUCUUGAACAUAAUUUGCAGGAAGAUAAGGAAUAGGAAUGCUGAAGGUUCUUUGUGUUGUGUUCCAUGGAAGCUGCUGUCUCACAUGGCCUGAUAGGAGAUUUGCAGGUUUCUCAUAAUGAAGGGUGUCUCAUUCAUGGAAGUAAACAUCUGCCCAAUUGAGCAAAGUUAGCAAGAUCCCGGGAUCCUAGAUUCUGUAUAUUUCAGUGGAAGUUGGAAAGCUGUUACGCUUCAGGGGAUGGGGCCACAAUCACAGAAGCUGUAAGCCUCUAUGUAAUGACAGGACUGCAGAUACAGUAUGUUCCAAGGAAAUCAGGAAUCAGUCGAAGGCCAAACAUGAUUCAAAGACAAAGUCAGGCAACAGUCUAAGCUCACAGGGUGUCCAGGCAAGGUACAGUGCAGCAAAGCAGAGUGACUAGAUCUGGGACCCAGAUGUUUCCAGCAAGUGGAAGGCUCAAGAGGGAGGCCUCCUAAACCAGAUGGUAGCCACAGCUGCUAGCUGUGAUGGAGUAGCAUGGAUUCCUUACUCACAAGAAGCCCCCUUACGAGUAGAGUGACAACUUUGGGUCCAUAGAUGCAUAAUGUGCCAUUCCUCUUCAGCCCAGAACUGAAAGCUUUCGGUGCCGGCACUCUUGAAAACAGGGAACGGCGAGGAGCCUGCUCCACCUCCUCCUCUGGCACUUUUAUUUGUUUUAUUUAUUUUACAACAUUUAUAUACCACUUGACUGUAAUAAAACCCCAGAGCAGUUUACAGAAAGAAUAAAGCAAUAAAACUACCUGCUAAAAACCCAGUUAAAAAGACUUAGUUUAAAACCCAGUUUAGAACGUUCAAAAGAUAAUUAAAACCAGCAAUAAACCAAAAGCAGAUUAAAAUACAUGAUAGCCUCUGGGCACCACAGUUCAAGAAGGACACUGACAAACUGGAACGUGUCCAGAGGAGGGCAACCAAAAUGGUCAAAGGCCUGGAAACGAUGCCUUAUGAGGAACGGCUAAGGGAGCUGGGCAGGUUUAGCCUGGAGAAGAGGAGGUUAAGGGGUGAUAUGAUAGCCAUGUUCAAAUGUAUAAAAGGAUGUCACAUAGAGGAGGGAGAAAGGUUGUUUUCUGCUGCUCCAGAGAAGCGGACAUGGAGCAAUGGAUCCAAACUACAAGAAAGAAGAUUCCACCUAAACAUUAGGAAGAACUUCCUGACAGUAAGAGCUGUUUGACAGUGGAAUUUGCUGCCAAGGAGUGUGGUGGAGUCUCCUUCUUUGGAGGUCUUUAAGCAGAGGCUUGACAACCAUAUGUCAGGAGUGCUAUGAUGGUGUUUCCUGCUUGGCAGGGGGUUGGACUCGAUGACCCUUGUGGUCUCUUCCAACUCUAUGAUUCUAUGAUUCUCUACAUGUCUUGUUAGGUUUGCUUAAACAAGAAUGUUUUUAAAGGUAAAGGGACCCCUGACCAUUAGGUCCAGUCGUGGCCGACUCUGGGGUUGCAGCGCUCAUCUUGCUUUAUUAACCGAGGGAUCCGGCGUACAUGACUAAGCCGCUUCUGGCGAACCAGAGCAGCACACGGAAACGCCGUUUACCUUCCCGCCAGAGCGGUACCUAUUUAUCUACUUGCACUUUGACGUGCUUUUGAACUGCUAGGUGGGCAGGAGCAGGGACCGAGCAACGGGAGAUCACCCCGUCGUGGGGAUUCGACCCGCCGACCUUCCGAUCGGCAAGUCCUAGGCUCUGUGGUUUAACCCACAGUGCCACCCACGUCCCAAGAAGUUUUUUAGCGGGUGCCAAAAAAAGUAUUAUUUAUUUACUUACUUACUUACUUUACUUACCUACCACCCUAUACCUGGAGGUCUCAGGGCGGGACAGUGAAGGCACCUGGCCGGUGUCAAUACGCAGGGAGUUCCAAAGUGGAGGUGCUACGUGGGAUAAUGCAAUCACAAAGGUUUAUGGGUCCCAAGCUCUGAAAGGUGUUAUACAGUGGUACCUCAGGUUACAUACGCUUCAGGUUACAUACACUUCAGGUUACAGACUCCGCUAACCCAGAAAUAGUGCUUCAGGUUAAGAACAGAAAUCAUGCUCCAGCGGCGUCGCGGCAGCAGGAGGCCACAUUAGCUAAAGUGGUGCUUCAGGUUAAGAACAGUUUCAGGUUAAGAACGGACCUCCAGAACAAAUUUAGUACUUAACCAGAGGUACCACUGUAUACAGAUAGCAGCAGGUUUAAAUUGGCGCAGUAGCAGAUCUGCAGUCAGAGGUGUCAUAUGCUGACGGGGUUUUUUUGUGUUUUUUUUAAGAAUAAUUUUUUAUUAACCAACCAAUCACAUCAAAUCAAACCAAAUUACAUACAUUCCAAAUUACACAGCCGAAUUUUAAAUUUUUGUUGGGGGUACCCAUAUUUCAAGUUCUGAAGGGAUCCAAUCAACUUCUUGCUUCUUACUGCUGUUUUAAUGUCCACAAAUCUAACCUUAUGAUGUUCACAGUACUAUCCAGUCCUUUCUUAUUAUUUUUCCACAUCUCUUGUUAUUUUCAUAUAUUUUUCCUUUCUCUUUGUGACCUCUGAUAGUCUCCGCAAGCUGGUUAGAACAGUUUGUAAUCCUGCGUGGAUAUAUUUUUUUUUAUCCAGUAGCCAUAUCCAGACGUUUUCCAUAUAACAUCACUUCCAUACAUCAAAACAGUCUUAGCGUCAUUAAUCUUCACCAAUCUGCCUCCUUUCUCAAAACCUCUGAGGAGAUUCACUAGAAUGCAGUCUGAAAACAAAUCCGUUCUUCCUCCCGGCUAUAAAUCCUUUGGCAAGAUGGCGACUCUGAAUUAAUUGCUGCGCCAUUCCCAAAAGCUCUUAUUGCUUCUCGGUCUCCAUAAAGCAUACUUUUGGUUAAAGUUUAUCUCCACACAGACCUUAAUCAUCCUGCUUGGGUCAGUUCUACCGACGGUUCUAAUGAGGAGGGGUUCUUGUAAAUCACAUAGAAGGAAAGUAAAAAUGGUUUCCACCCCCAUUCAGCCCCGUUGUCAACAUACCCCACCUUUGGUGUAUCUUCAUCGUAAAAUAUUCCUGUUUCUCCAGCCCGUCGUCUUCUUUCGCAGAGGUCACUUAAAUUAGCAGACUUCACUCCCCUUCUUCACUUGAAAUAUGUGCAUUUGCUUCUUUUGUAAUUAAUUAUUCCAAAUUGCGCGAUUAUUCCAAACUAGCGCGCAAUCAGAGACAGCGUCCAGGAGAGCCGAUAUCCACACGGGGGCAUUCUGCCUAGGGCCCUCACCCCCUACUUUCGAAUUAGGGGGUGAUUUGUGGGCACAGCAGGCAAGGGCAGUGUUCCCCAUUUCCUUGGGGCAACAAGGGAGGCUGCCUACUCCCAUAACAGCCUCUUAAUUACCCCGUGUGGGUCGGAGAGAUGGUAUUGUCGGCCAUCUUCCAAUGCGCCCCUAGUGGCCCCCCGGGUUUUAGUCCUGUCAGCAGUUGUGCUGCAGCAUCCAUCAUCAGAAGGGCCCCUCAAAGGGAUCCUAAGCAUUGGAUUCAGGGGACCGUGCCUGCUCCUCAAGGUCCUGUGGAGUGUCUUGAGAACUCUGUGUCUGGUACCAAGCCAGAUCUAGGCACGACACAAGUUUGUCCUUAAAUUUUCAUUUACAUUUUUUUCUCUCUCUCUCCUAGGUCAUAAAUGCCUAUUAUGAGAAGAUUGUCUGCCCCAAGUCGAAUGGUGCUGUUUUCUUGGCUGUGUGCCGGGGGAAGGUAUGUGUAACAGAUUGCAGAAGUCUGAAAGUUAGAUUCUCUGCAGAAGCCAACUUGUGCAGAGCAAUAGUGGGAAUUUAUUUAUUUAAGAAUCAUAAGAACUGGGGAAGAGUCGGAUUCAGAUCCCCACUUAGCUAUGAAGCUCACUGGGAACUUUAUGCUUGAAAUCUCUUGGCCUAUCCUCUUUUACAGGGUUGUUGUAAGGAUAAUAGAAACCAAUUAACAGAAUCUGAGCAGUUGUGUUGUUGUUGUUGUUCAAUCGUUUAGUCAUGUCAGACUCUUUGUGACCCCCUGGACCAGAGCACGCCAGGCACUCCUGUCUUCCACUGCCUCCCCCAGUUUGGUCAGGCUCAUGUUUGUAGCUUCGAGAACACUGUCCAGCCAUCUCGUCCUCUGUCGUCCCCUUCUCCUUGUGCCCUCCAUCUUUCCCAACAUCAGGGUCUUUUCCAGGGAGUCUUCUCUUCUCAUGAAGUGGCCAAAGUAUUGGAGCCUCAACUUCACGAUCUGUCCUUCCAGUGAGCACUCAGGGCUGAUUUCCUUAAGAAUGGAGAGGUUUGAUCUUCUGCAGUUGUGUUAAAUAGUGGAAAUAUACUGAAACAUUUUGUUGCAGUCCUGCUUCUGUGAGUUGUUAUUAUUAGUUACAUUUUUAUACCAACUCUCUUCCAGUUCGCUGAGGGUGGUGUAUAUGGUUCUCACCUGGUCAUUUUUAUCUCUGCAACUGCCUUAUGAGACAGUUUCGGCUGAGAGAGAGUGAUCGAGAGGGUCACCAGUGAGCGUCAUCACUAAGUGAGGAUUUGAAUCCCUGCAUUUCCUGUGCUAGCUGGAUGCUCUAACCACUGCACCACACUGCUUUUGAAGUUCCAUUACACGCAUGGAAAUAAUAUAAGAUUUGUUGGCUGUUACUAUACCAUUUCCUCACUAGUUUUCAUCAGUAAGAUGGGGAAAUUUAAACUCAUUUCCUACUAUCUGUUCUUGUCUUUCACAACCCUACCUCCAACAAAGUUUCUACUUUCAUAGGAACUUUAACACACCAGAUUGUGUGUCAAAUACCCUAUGCAUGGGUGCCAUGAAGCUUGUUUGUGUGGUGUUGCUGGACUGUGGCAACUUCUAGUCUGCAUUUCCUCUGGGCCAUGAGCUUGUUCAGCUGUCUUGUGUGAACUAAGAUAAUGUCCUGCAGCGCUUCCCAGCUGAUGUGUCUUCUAAGGAAAGAUUGGUAGGAGUGGGCCUUUCAAGGAAGCUAUUCCAUCAUUCCAUAUCUUUCUGCUGAGAAACUCGUGAUAGGCUUCCAAGAAACCUCAGGAUAUCCUGGAACUAUUUGAAAAUGAUGUAACUAGCACAAGAUUAACUUUUGAAGCAGCAGCAUUGAAGCCAAAAUAAAAAUAAAUGAAGCAUGUUAUCAGCAUGCUUUGAGACAAAGACACAUAAUAAAGCUGGCUUCCUGUGUUUACGGUUGGGGUUUUUGUUUUCGUUUUGUCUUUUGCUUCUUAUGGAAAGUGAAAGUGAAAAUGUUAGGCAUAUUUCUUGACCACUGUAAUCCUCAGGUUACAUUACAGACCUUAUUUGGCAUCCACUGGGAACUUCCCGGUGACAAGGCUCUACACAGAAGAACAGUAACUUGUUACCUUUUCCUUUUUUAUUUGUGUAUCUAUUCAUUCAUUCCUUCAUUUACCAUAUAUGAUCUUUUUUUUAAACAUCAUAUUUUUCCCCCUGACAGUGGAUCUAAGCUGCAAGAUAAAACAUAAACAUGUACUUAAGCUAUAACAUAUUGCAGUGGCAAGUUUAAAAGGUCUAGAUAAAUAAAAUGCUGGUGGUGAAAAUAAAAAAAAGAUGUUGUGAGGGAAACUUCUCUGGAAAGGGUGUUCCAUAAAUAGGGUGCUAUAGCUUCAAAAUGCCAGUUUUUUAUUGCCACCCUCCUUACUUUACCUGGAACUUAGUGUGUGCCCUGGUCCAGCCUUGGAGGGCUCUCUCCACUGUGAUAGGAAUUUUGAGGACUUAGAUAUAUGGUAAUGUUCAUAAGUGUACCAACCAAGCACAUACAUAGAUCAGCACAGGAAGGCCAACCUGGAACCAUUUUGAUUCCUAAAAUGAGCAAAUGUUUUCUCUACAUGGUCAAAGUGAAAAAGCCUCCCCAUUGUCUUUUCCUUCACAAAUCCUGUCUUAAGGGUAUGUCUGUGUUUGAAUAAGGUGUGAGCCUGUGACCUGGCCCAGGAACUAAGUAUUUAUCAUUACAAAAGACUGGCCAGGCUACCCAGGAAAUCCAAUCAAGUAGCCUGCCAGACAGGAGAUAAACAAAAACAGGAGAAAAACAAUAUUAAAAUUUCUAUUUUGGACCGCCUUUUCUGUGAUGUAGGUGUGAUGUAUCUGAGGGGUGGUCUUAGGUUACACCCCUUCUGUGAUGUAUGUAUGAUGUUUCUGGGGGUGGUCUUGAUCUACAGGAUGGGAAUUUCAAAAGUCUUUAUAAGGCCUUGCACACCAUUUUUCUAGGUCCUCCUCCUUUCCUGCGUGUGAGGGGAGCACCCUGUUGCAACAGAUCAAUAAAGAUCAAGCUUACUAGCUGCUUUGUUUCUCAAUAUUCUCUGGUUGGCCUCUGUUAUUUUCUCCUACCAAUAGGGAACCCAAGUAAGGACUCUAUAUGGGCUCUUGGAUACCCCAUAAGGGAAAAGGGCAAUUUUUGUUUACAACACCACAUCCAGGAGGCCACUGACCUGAUCAUGUGAUGCCUUUACGGAGUCCUGCUUGCAGAAUUUUUGAACUUCUUGAUGUGUAGAUUGAAUGGGCUACUAAGAGCCAACUAGUGUGUUCAAACCAUAAAUGAGAUUCUAACUCAGUGCUUCCUAACCAGCAACUUACUUUCAUUGCUCCUAAAUUGCACUAGAGGGACGUGGGUGGCGCUGUGGUCUAAACCACAGAGCCUAGGACUCGCCGAUCGGAAGGUCGGCGGGUCGAAUCCCUGCGACGGGGUGAGCUCCUGUUGCUCAGUCCCUGCUCCUGCCAACCUAGCAGUUCAAAAGCACAUCAAAGUGCAAGUAGAUAAAUAGGUACCGCUCCGGCGGGAAGGUAAAUGGCGUUUCCGUGCGCUGCUCUGGUUUGCCAGAAGCGGCUUAGUCCUGCUGGCCACAUGACCCGGAAGCUGUACGCCGGCUCCCUCGGCCAAUAAAGCGAGAUGACCGCUGCAACUCCAGAGUCGGCCACGACUGGACCUAAUGGUCAGGGGUCCCUUUACCUUCACCUUACAUUGCACUAGUAUAGUCAUGAAGUGGCCUUUAGACUGAGGCAUCCAGAGAAUUAUAUCAUAGGCCUUGGCACCAUCAAGCGGAGAGACACAGCUCAGAUCUUAAGCACCCCCUGUUUGCAACCUUAAAUUCCGGCAAGUAGGCACAGCAGCCUUGCAGCGCUGUGCUUGAGCUCAUGCCCCUGCCAAGUGGCUCCCCUUCCAGAGAUGACCUGGAGCCCCCAGAAACUCAGGAACCAACCCAGAACUACAGCUGAAGUGUGUUCGGGACCUUCAGAGAAGACUGGAGAAGCUGGAAGCGGAGCAGGAAUUUGUCUCUGCCUCUUUUAGUGACAGACAUCAUCUGUUUUCAGGCCAGCGAAGGUUUGGACUUCACGGAUAGGAAUGGUCGAGGUGUCAUCAUUACAGGCCUUCCUUUCCCCCCUCGCAUGGACCCAAAGGUCAUUUUGAAGAUGCAGUUCUUGGAUGAGAUGAGGUCAAAAGGUGCCGCUGGUGGACAGGUAAGAAGGGAGCCCUCCCAUUGAUAUUAUGGAUAUUUGUCAUCAAAGCGGGCCCUGCCAUUAGGCAGAGUGAGGCAGCCACUCAGGCUGAAAGUUCUAGGGGGCAGGUAGCUGUGAUGAGGUUUGGGGGAGCUGAACUGUGUGUGCUACCUGGCAUGCCCUGCUGCACCCCUUAACCUAGCUUGCUGCUCUUGGGUCUGAUCCAUCACCAAUGCUGAAAUAAAGACAAACGAUAACAGUCCAGUUGGCAUGGAAAGUGAGUGGGGCAUCAAGUCCUUGGUCUCAGACAGCAAAAAUUAUUGGUCUGACCCUGUUUGUCUCUGUUCUCUCAAUGCAACUUUUCUCUAUGGAUAUCGGUCCCAAUUCCUUGGGCCACAGGAAUAUUUGUUGAAGGCUUCUAAACCUUGGUUAUUUAUGAGAGAAUUCUCCGUUGGCUGCUGUUUCUUAAGAAUUUGUAGACAGUUUGCAAGUGGCAGAGUUAACCUUGUAUUAAUGCAUAUCUAAAAGGAAUGUUGCAAACGUCUGAAGCACAAUGCACAGUGUUAUUAAUCCAGAUAAAUCUUCAUGGCAGGUAGGGGCCAGUGGGGUGUCCAAUUCCUCUUUCAGAAAAGAGGUGGUCCUAAGCUACAGAAACGGUGGGGAAGGGGAGAACCAAGGGACAGGCAGAAGGGCAUUCUUUGCAGAUGUGUUUUCAGGGCAUCUCCUUAAAGGAUGGUACUAAUUUUGGUCUGGUGUUUGAUACAUUUUCUUUGACAUUUAGUAUUUAUCCGGGAACAACUGGUACAAACAACAGGCUUCUCGUGCAGUGAACCAGGCCAUUGGUAGAGUCAUCCGGCAUCGACAGGAUUACGGCGCCAUCUUCCUCUGUGACCACAGGUGACCUUCCUUCUUGCUUGGGUAGAGUUCUCGUGUCCUCAUCUCCGUCUACUUGAAUUCUGUACCAUCUGUGCCAUCUCCUUGCUUUGCUACUGUGGAACAAGCCUUCAGAAAGUAGGAGAAAAUGGACAGUUUUCCAAAUGGAGGAAUGUAGAAGGUGGAAUCGCCCAAAGUUUCAUAUUGGGAUCUGUGUUUUUGAAUUAGAUCAUAAACAAGCUAGAGCUAGGGGAGAGUGGUUAGGUGGCCCUGUUUUCUGAUGAUACUAAAUUGCUCGGGGUAGUUAGGACAAAAAGAUUGUGAUGAGCUCCAAAAGGACUCUCGAAACCGAGUGAAUGGGCAGCAAAUUGGCUCAAUUGGUGCACCUCUCUGAUUUCCUUGCUUGCCUUGUUACCGUGUAAUUCCAAUGUAAUGUUCCACCAUUAUUUAAAAAUAAUAAUGUGCAACCACAAGCCUGCAGGAUGCAGCUGCGCCUGUGACUAGAACUAGGCAAAUUAAUGGGAGCAGCUAUUCAGAGAAAGCUCUGAGUUGUUAUCCUGGCCAGUGGAAAGGAAAACUGUUUACCCAUGUAUCCCUUGGUUCAAAACCAAAAUAAAGAAAGAAAUAUGAUCUAACCAAAAUAUUUCUCAUGUGUUGCUAGACUGGGUUUCUAAAUCCACAUCAGUAGUCUUAGAAUAAUAAUCCAAGUUAAACGUAUUCUUUCGGGAGAAAUUGCAUCAUCUUUUCGCGGCUUUCUUCGAAAACAGGAACGCUCUGACUGAGAACUGGGGGAUUCUAUCUCACCGCUUGCCACCACAUGUGCAAAAUGUGGGUUUCGUCCCACUGCAGUGACAUCAAAUGUGAAGAAAGUCACUAAACUGGAGUAUGUGGUCCUUAUAAUUGCACUCCUAUCAUAAACAGACAAAAUAAAUUUAUCUCUGUAGUACACCAUCUAAAAUGGGGUAUUAGGUUAUCGGCAUGGGAUGCAAAUAGAUGGAGAAUGGCUUAUUCAAGACUUACUUACUCAUGCUGCAUAUUAAUAUCUAUUCCUAUAUGGUGUCUAAGGAACACAUCCCACGUUUAGAGGGGAUGCCCACAAGCCUGGAGUUUCUGCUUGAGGGCCUAGGGAAGGCUUUCAACACUAAACCCCUUAAAAGUCAGGUUGUAGUAUUCUCUGCUGUGGGAGAGUUGAAUCUGUUUCAGGCCACUCCCAUGUCUGCAGGGUGGUUCUAAGUAAUCCUCUGGGAACGCCCUAUUUUUCUAAAUGGAACCUGUAACUGGAAACUGAACGAUUCCAGAUGAGCUAUUAUCUGCAACUGGUGCUCUCUUCCUAGGAAAGGAAUGGUUUAUGAAACCAAUCUAUUCAUAACAGCAGUGGCGAAUUAAAAAGCAGAUCUCAUAAGCUGUAUAGUUCAGUCAAUCAAUUAGACUCUUCGUAGGAAUUGCAAAGGAGGCUGGCCUGACCCAGACAUUGUGGAGGGGACCCUGGUGAUGACUACUUUAUCUCCCACAGGUGGCAACCCCGCAAAAGGGGUUUUGGAGCUCUUAGCUAAUUCAUGUGUGAUUUCUGGCCAGCACUUCAGUUGACUCCCUUAUCCAGCACUUGCAAUCCCACAGUGUUUUGCAACUUACCAUUUAACCUUUGCUGUAUGGAAGAAUGAUACAAGUGUAAAUGUAAGGAUACUGUUUAUCCUCUUCUGUUAUUUUUGUGAUGGGGAUAAAAUUAUUAUGGGGUGCUAUAUCCAAAGGUGUUUUCUUUUACCAAUGGUUAUCAGAUGUUGCAGAGCACUUAGGCAUCCAAUUCCAUCUUUCUUCUGGGUUGUUUUGGUGGGAAAGUGUUACAAACAUUUCUAGGCAUGUCCCGAAACUGUUUUUGACAGAGCUUACUAGUGUUCUUUCCCACUUUCCAACAGGUUCAUGAAUACAGAUGCAAUAGCCCAGUUGCCUUCCUGGGUCCGUCCUUACAUCAAGAUUUAUGAAAAAUUUGGGCAUGCCGUCAGAGAUGUGUCUCAGUUCUUCCGUUUUGCCCAGGAAACUGUAAGUGUCAAGCAACUGCAGGCGAAAGCUAUUCGUCUGCAAAAUGUCUGAGAGUUACCUCAUGACUAGCAUUCCAGAGACAUAAGGCUGCCCAGCCAAUUUGUUCACAGACUGCUCUGGGAUCUGAUACACUUUGGGUUAUAUAUAUAUAUAUCUCUAUAUAUAUAUAUCUAUAUAUACACACACACACACACACACACACACACAUAUAACAUAUCAUUUUCAACAAUAAUUAAACAUACUUUUACAUCUUAUACAGUUUUUUUGACUUCCAUCAAUCACAUCUGAAAAUUUUCCAAUCUGUUCACUUAAUAUACAUUUCUUACUUUCACUAUUACCUUUAAAUCUCCUAACUAAUAUCUCUAUUCUUUCUCUACUUUGCAGUAUUUCAUAUAUUUCUCCUUACAAAACUUAUUGUAGUCCUACUAGCGUAAUUUGUUGGUUACAAUUGCUCUUCAAAUAGUUUGUAUAUUUCUUCCAAUCUUCUGUAAAUCUCUGGUCCCGCAGGUUUCGAAUCCUUCCUGUCAUUUUGUCUAAUUCUGCAUAGUCCAUUAAUAUUGUCUGCCAUUCUUCUUUCGUCAGAAUUUCUUCUUGCUUCCAUUUCUGGGCUAACAAUACUCUUGCCGGUGUUGUUGCAUAUAAGAACAAUUUAACAUCUUGUCUAUUAAUAUCAUCACUUACAAUACCAAGUAAAAAUGCUUCUGGUUUUUUUAAGAAUGUAUAUUUCAACAUCUUUUUCAUCUCAUAAUAUAUCAUUUCCCAGAAGUUUUUUACUUUCUUAACAUUCCCACCACAUAUGAUAAAAUGUUCCUUCUUUUUAUUUACAACAUUUAUUAUUUGUCUUACACAUUUUAGUUAAUUUCACGGGUGUAAUAUACCAUCUAUACAUCAUUUUCAUCAAAGCAUUACAAGCUGUAAAUUUUAUUCUAUCUUUCAACAACCUAUCCCAUUCUUUAAGCUGUAUGUUACAUCCAAAAUCUUUUGCCCAGGGUAUCAUCACCAAUUUCACUUCCUCGUCUUUCAGGUGCCAUUCCAACAGUAUUUUAUACAUUUUAGACAUUAUUUUACAUUCAUCGUUUAAUAUUUCUAUUUCAAAUUUUGAUUUUUUUAUCAUCAAAUCCUUUCUCCUUUAAAUCCUCUUUAUACAUUUCGUUGACUUGGCCAUAGUUCAUCUGGGAUCUGAUACACUUUGGCUUAGCAGCAUGCUGUUCAUUUAGAACAGUCGGAAGAGGUGUAACACCCUAAUGUACAAAGUAACAAAAGGCUUCCCAAUGCUGGCCAAACUUUUUACAAAGGAAGCUUUAUGCUGCAGCUUUUUUUCUCCAGAUGUACAAAAUGGUACAGUUCCAAAUAUAGUGUGAAAAUUGUAUAGUUCCAAAUAUAGUGUGUGAACCUUGGACUGAGUAAAUAUUGCAUGCAUCUGCAGAAAUCUCUUGCUUCUUGAACUUUACAUAUAUAAAGUGGCUUAAGAUCCUAAUCUCUCACCGAUUUCUCACCAUGUGAGAGACAUCACAGUUAUUUCUAUUUCACAGAUGAAAAUACAGCACAAAGGGAGUUUCCAACAGCAUCUCUUUGCUGCUCAGCUGUUUUGAUCGGGUGCGGGGGGGGGGGGAGACCUGUUAGCAAGUACAGCUAUAGGAUACAUUGUGUAGUUUUCUCUUUAUUAGUUAUUCUCUUUAGUCACUAGUUGCUGUUUCUUUCAUUUAGUUAUUCUGGCAUAGCAGCUCUGUUAUCAAAUGGAUCAUACACUUUGAUUUUAGUGCACUCCAAAAGACAUACCCACCCCAUAGGUUUUAACUGUUCUAUGGUGUUCAUGCCUAUCAUGGCAUAUUAAUUCAAGCCAUCUGGCUUCUCAUUUCACCAAUACAGAAUGUUUUAUUUAUUUCAUUUAUAUCCUCACCUUUUCCUGAAAAAAACUCAAGUUGACGUUUGUGGUUAUCUUCUUCAUCCCACCCUGAGAAACAAUUUCUUCACAACGGCCCUGUGAGAUAGGUUAGGCUGAGAGAGUGUGUCAGUGAAUUCCAUGACUGAACAGUGAUUUGAAAUUGGGUUUUGCCAGUCCUAGCCUAGAACCAUUACAGCACAAGGACGUUCAGCACCAGCAGCACUUCCUAUGAGCUAGACACAAUGGCAUGCACACCUUUUCUAUUCAGGCACCUCUCCUUUUCUCAUAUAAAUUGGGGAUGUGUCUAUAUUUUACAUCAGAUAAAACAGCCUUCAUCAAUCUUGUGCCCUCUGAAAGCUUUGAACUACAACUUGCACCACAGUUCUGCCUUCUUGCUAGGAUCAGCUUUUUCUCUCGUUUCCAUCCUACUGCUUUGCCUUGGCACUGGUUCAGAGCCCUCACAGCCUUUCCUGAUCCAAAUAGCAUGAGGAGAACUGGAUGUCAUUGACAUGCUGGAGGCACCUUCUCCCCAAAGUUGUAAUGACCGUUCCCAGUGGCUUCAUAUAGAUAUGAAACAGCAUUGGGGAGUGAGGAGUGCCCUGCAGCAGCUCAUAGCAUAACUGCCAGGAGGCUCAAAAGCACUCUCCCAGUUCUACUUUUUGGACUCAGGCCCAUAGCUAGGACCAGAACCACUGUAACACAGUGACCUCAGUUCCCAUUCUACAGAACCAUUCCAGGAGGAUGCCAUGGUCACUGGAAUCAAAGGCUGCAUAGCACUCAAGAAGCAGGAGCAAGGUUGCACUCUCCCUGUCUCGCUCUCUGCAAAAGUCUUCCAUCAGUGCAACCAAAGACAUCUCAGACCCAUGGACAGGCCUGAACCCAGAUUGUGAUGGAUCUAAAAUAAUCCCCUUCUUCACCUCUUGUACUUUAUCCCAAUCUGGCUCACGUCCAUUAUUGGGGGUGGGGGGAAGCAAGGGGAGUUCCAGCUCCCCUCCUAUGCUUCCCCUUUUGAUGGAAACAACACAUACCCAUCCACCCACUUUAGAGAUGAACAGCCCAGCAGGCACCUGGCUAAACAAACACAUUUGCCAUCAUUAUGACUAGUUUCAUCCUAAUUCUCUGGGGUGCAACUGGGAUUCAUUAGCUAUAAAACUUGUCUCAGGCAUGAAGCACAUUGUUCUGUAAAUCUGUUCAGACAGCAGUUUUUAAUUACAGCUAAAGUGAGGGGUACUAAGCGACUGUAGAUGGACCUGUGGUCGGAGCUGAUAGAAGGCAGCUUCUUAUUCUCCUCCAACCAGAUUCUGAGAUGGCUGUCACCAUCUUGCCCUGCCCUUGGCUUUCAGCAUUCAUUUGAUUACUGUUGGCAAGAGAAUGAUGUAAUGGGUAGAUCUUGGAGUAACCUUUUCAGGAUCGGAACUGCUAGGUUGUUAAUUAUAUUAACUGCCCUGUUUUACAAAUUUCAUACUGUGGUCAGAUGAGACGUGGUUCUUUGCUAAGGGUGUGUGUCUCCUAGACUAACCUUAGACUUUCUUACCAGUAUAAUUAGAUGGGCCUCAUCUCAUCUUGGAUGGGCCACAUAUGACUUGUGUCAUGCCAGAGGCUCAUCUAUACCAUGUGUCUUGACAGAGUCGUACAAUCAACCCGUGCCACCUCAUUACUGGUAUCCCUUCUAGGCAUUAUCAUAGUCCCACAGAUGUAUAGCCCAUUUUCCACCUAAAUCUAAUAUAUUAACCAUGUCAUUUCUCAACACACUUCUCCAUAUUAUGCUGUUGUGUCUUAACCUUCACUAUUUUUACCAUGUUUAAAGUAUGGUUUAACAUGAACGAGCAAUUUGCUAUUAUUGUACACUGCUCUAAAGUCCCACAGUGCUUCUACCAGACUCCUUUCUUCAGCAUAUUGGGAAGAAACAAAUCAGAGGCUGGCUUGUUACAUGCAAACCUGUGCUCAUGGUUUCUUCGUUUGCUCACAGACCCAUGAUGGUUACCCAACAUCCUUGGCUUACCUCCAUGGUUUGUAAAGAGGCAGACACAUAAUGGCAAGCCAACCUCUCGUUUGUUUACUCCUUGGUGAAGUGAUGAAGUAAGAAGUGUUGCUCAUUCAUAUUAAACCAUAGUUUAAUUUAAAAGAAGGCUUUAAGCAGGGCUUGUGAGCACAGUGCCCAUGGGUGGGAUGGUGCUCCCUGGUGCCCACAAAGCCUCUGAGCGCCACUCACCCCACUCAUUGUUCCCCUGGUCAUGAGGUGUGAGGGCUGUUGCCUUUUUCUCCCUUGAAAAGUACAUAGAGCUGGAGGAGGAAGUUGGAAGAGUGAUGGUCUUUCUCACUUCCUCUUUCAGGUCUAUGGCUCAGAUUAAUUCCACUGGGUAUGAUUUUUACCCAGAUCCCUUGGAAAAGCAUAGGUUUUUUUGUGUGCACUUUCUUUCUGUCUCCUACGGGUGAAGGGCUAGACCAAAGGAGGGAGAGGAGAAGGGAACAAAGUGUGUGGUGCCUACAGCACUUGCUCAAAAAUGCAAAGGCCUAAAAAGGUUGGUGACUCCAGUUUUAAAGUGACGUGGUAGAGUUCAAGUCAUAAUAUUUAGGCAGGUUCUUAAAAUGUUGGAAGUUGAGCGUUUUACAUUUUUCUUGUGUAAUGCUUCCAAUUUCUGUGCAGGUGCCUCCUCCCCCACUUCGAGACCCCUCUUGCACCACCACUGGAGAAGAAGGCAGCCCUACAACUUCGGCUUCAUGUGAGAAGCUCCUUUCAGUGACCAAAGCCAGCAACACGGACAACCAUGUUCCUAGUUUGAAAAGGAAGAGGAUUGGUAAGCGGUUGCCUUUUCCUGUUGUGCAAAAUAGGCACUGGAACAAUCUCACCUCAGAAUCUUAAAAAGGCAAGGUGUGCUGAGGUCAUAAAAUGUCAGCCAAACGAGCUAGGGAAAGUUGAAACACCGAAUAUUUGUCUGAAGGCAGUUCUGGCAUGGGGGAGGGCAAACAAGCCAAGGCUUGAGAAUUGCUGCUGUUAGAUAAGACUUCUCAUGUAGAUAGAAGCUUGUAGCAUGUAUGGGUAUUUUCCAGGACUUGGUAUUAUUUAUGGAACUGCAGGUGACAUCAGUGGCUAGGAGUACCUCUUCCCAUCUUCAUUUUGUUCAGCAGCAGUGUUUAGAGAAAACCGACGUGGCCUGAAUUACACAUGCCUUGGUUGCAUCUUGGGUAGAUUACAGCAACACACUUUCGUUGGGCUGCCUCUAAAGACAGUAUUUCUAUCUCACCUUUUAGACUAAAACCCUCACAAGGCAGCUUACAGCAUCCACAGCAAUUAAUAAUAAUAUGACAGACAAUAAAACACAGAAAACAAAAUCAGUGCAUCAAAAAUUAAAGUAGGAACAACUAAAACAAGUCAGAUAAAGGCAUCAGUGAAAAGCAAAGUGGAAUUAGAAAGUUAAUUUAGGAACCUUCUUUAAUGUCACCAGUGAAGGGCCCAUAAACAACUCCUAGCGGAGGGAAUUCCACCACUGAAAAGACCCUUUCCCUUGUAUGUGCUAAACUGAUGCUAUUUAGUGAUAGGCUAGAAAGAAGGGCCUUUGAGGCCAAUAUCAGGACCCAGUCAGGUAUAAUAUGGGCACAGAUUUUCCUUCAGGUAGUCCUAUGCCAAAUUAAAACAAUGUAAUUUAAAACAAAUCAGAAGUAAAUGAGGUAUCUAGAGCCAAACAUAUAGGAACAGACCAUACCAAAAUAAAACAUAAUAAAUUAAUAUCACAAAGUAUUAAUAUCCAAGUAACACAAAUGGAUUUACAUACUUCUGUACUUUAUUAGCAUUUGAGAUCAGUUCCAGCUUAAUUAUUACUCCCCCCGCAGCUGUGGUUUCCUUAAAGGAAGUCAGUAUGAACCCAUACAAAAUGUUAUCACUUGUGUUCUCACAAAAGGUGGUUUCCAUGUAUUUAAGACCAGCGUCAGCAUUUAGUCAAAUAUACCAAAUGCACCAGAAUGAUUUGAAUGGGGAGAGCCUCUAGAUUUACCAUAUUUAACAAUGCUCAAAAGUCCUCUAUGCAGUCAUAUAUUAUUCAGCUGUCUCUUUUGAAAACUUCUGCAGGAACAUAAUCUUUACCGUAAUAACAAAACUUUCCCUAAAACUUAAUAUAUACAUGCUUUGCUUUUAGUCCCAGAUUUUUGUUUCAUUUCCUUGUCCAUGGAUGGAGAGGGCAUCUUUCUGACACUUUAAUGGACUGAAUCUUGCUGCCAAGUCCUUCAAACUUCUGCUUUAUUGUUUGUUUAACUUUCAGACUGCCCUUCAUCCUGAAGGAUCCCAGGGUGGUGCACAAAUAAAUGCACAUUAAAAAUAAUGAUGAUGAUGAUAAACACUUUUAAAUACCCCUUAUCUGCCCAGUUGAUCACUGCACUCUGAAAGUGAGGACUUCCUGAAUUACCAUCUUAUCAGGUUUCCUUAUCAGGAAAUCCCUUCUGCACAAUUUGGGAAUCUGCUCAUUAGUGUUAUGGCAUCUGCACUUUGGAAUUCCCUCCCUAUUAUUAUUUCAACUUAUACACUGCCCUAUACCCGAAGGUCUCAGGGAGGUUCACAAGAAGACCACAACUUAUAAAAUCAAACCAAAAGCAGUAACCCAAUAACUCCCCCUCCAAAAAAAUCCACAUUCUAAAAGGUUGUUGGAUGAAUAUUAGGCACCCUCUCUGUUGUUGUUUUCAGUGUCUACUGAAAACCUUCCUCUUUCAACAAGCUUUUUAAGUGGGGAUACUUCCUAGUCUGCAGCUGUAUUAGAAUUUUUUGUAAGAUCUUUUUAUUGUUUGCUUGUUGCUCACAUGCUCAGAACAUUUUGGCCCCAGCUGAAUUUGAAAAUAGACUUCUUGCUGGUCAUGCUUUUAAAGUGGAGGAUGCUUACCUUCCAGAGACAGAAAUUGGUAUAAAUUUUAGGAUUCUUCUCAUUUUAUUCUGAACAUCUAAACUGGAUAUACUCUUCUUUUUACUUCUCCUCCUGUCUCAAACUGAUCUAACCCUGAGCAGAGAAAAAUGAGUUGGGACAUUCAGAAUCUAGUUACUUACAGGCUGUGUAUCUUGUCUCAGAUAAUGGAGUGGCCAACCUGUGUGUAGAGUAUGACCAAAGGCCGUCCACCUCACAAAGACAACCUGGUAGCCUCUUGGCUGCACUGGAGUGCAAUGAAAAGAACUGCGGAGAGGCAGGUGAGGAAGACAGCUUGCCAGGAGAGGAACAGGUAUGAGAGCAUAGCUUGAAUUUCUAGUCCCUGAUUUCUCCCCACCCUCUCCCCAAACAGGUAAUAGACUAGUGUGCUUCUGUUAGGCAGAGAUCUUGAGCUACAGAGGUGUCACUCAAGCACCACUUUUUACAUGCUACAGUGAACACUACGAGUACACCUGGGUGUACAGGUGUGUGCCUAAGAUUCCCAUGAGCCAGGGCUUCUCAGUUUUCUUCAGAGCCUGCAUAUUUCUUGUUUAUUAUCUCUUGACAAACAGUAUCUGUUUUGUUUUACUGUCAUAGACAGAGUCAUAUAACAGCACUAUAUUGUUGGAAUGAGGUGUGUCUAUUCAGUUUUCUCAGAUUCUUAGAUUCUCAGGUCAAAGCCAGCUCUUCUAGACAAGGCACUUGAGGUCCAUUUAUUGGCUCUCCUGUCCCUUUAAUUUGUAAAGGUAAAAAAAGCAGGCGGGGAGAUAAUUCACAGCAUAGUGCUGGAGGAAGGGCAGGGGUUAAUCCUUUCCCCGUUCGCUGUUUUCCAGAUAGAAAUUGCCUGUGUGAUUUGACCCACUGGGGAGAACUUAAGCAUAUCCAUGUGUUUUCUCUAAAAGGGUGUUUUCCCACUCAAGGAGUGGGGUGAGCAGGGUGUAAAAAACCCCCAAAACACAUCCAGUAUUAUGGUUGCAAUCUGAAUCUUCCUCACCACACAUUCACUUAUCCCUUAGUUAUUUAGGACCCUCGUACCUAUGGGACUGCCUCUCCUGGUAUGCCCCGCGGAGGACCUUAAGGUCCGUAAAUAACAACACUUUGGAGGUCCCGAGCCUCAAGGAGGUUAGAUUCGUCUCAACUAGGGCCAGGGCCUUUUCAGCACUGGCCCUGACGUGGUGGAACGCUCUGUCACAAGAGACUAGGGCCCUGCUGGAUUUAACAUCUUUCCGCAGGGCCUCCAAGAUGGAGCUGUUCCGCCUGGCCUUCGGCUUGGACUUACUCUGACCCCUUUUCUGGGAUUUGGUAUAUAAAUUUUUUCUUGGCUUUUUUGCUGGCCCAUGUAGGACCAGCAUGGUUAGCUGGCUCGAGUGAAUAUCUGAUGUUUCGUCCCUUUAAUGGUCUUGUUUUAUGGGCUACUACUAAAAUGAGGCUGCGUUUUAAGCUGUAUUUUAAUUAACUGUUUGUUUGUUUGUUUGUUUGUUUGUUUGUUGCUGUUGUUUUUCAGUUACGUUUUAUUGUAAUUCAUAUUUGGUCUUAUUAUUAAAUCACACUACUUGAUAGUAUUGACUCUGAGUUGACCUGAUUUUUUUCAAAUGUUAGCAGCCUAUUUUUUAUUUCUGUCUCUGUUGAACUCCCACCCACCCCCUGACCCACCUUGAAUGUGAGGUUACUAGGAGAUGCAGAAGAGAUUGACCAUAGCUUUGAAGUGCUAGCAUUACUUUCCAGUCAGGGAAACCCCACAUUUCUAAACGUUGGCUUGCUUUUCUGCUACAUCUCCAGGACAAUGACUUCCCGUUGUUCUCCAUUAAGUGGGUGUCUUCCCAGAAAUGUGAACAUCCUUUCAUGCGCGGCAUACCUAGUCAGAGCAAAGAUUGUUUUUGUGUUCUUGAGCAUAGCUGGGAGGGCAAGCCCAGCCUUCAGUGCGGAAUUCUUCUGAAAGAGAGGGAGGAGAUUGCAUUAACACUGUUAACAUUUACAGGCAAAACGUUUGUCAACUCUUUCCCUUCGAUACGAGAAGAAGCUCAUGGAUGAGCAGAAAGGAGGCAGGAAGAAAAUCAAGAUAGUCAGCAAUCCGGUAUGUUUCAAGGAGUCAGCAACCUUUACGAGAAAUCAGAUAAUAGGAGAAAGAUGAGAGACCCCCUUGAAGCCAAAUGCAGGUGUUAUUGCUCAGUCCUCAAAUGCUUCAUUGUUCAAAAAGCACAGGUGGCCUCUUGAAAAUGGUGAUCUCUAAAAGCCAAAAUGCAGAUGAGUCACUUGGGGAAACCUUUGGCAUAAAGGUUUCGGUUAGUAGUGGGAAACUAUUUCCAUCCCAAAAGCCACAUUCUUCGGCAGCCUUUCAGGGACCUCAUGCCAGUGUUAGGUGGGGCCAAGUGCUAAACCAGGCACAGUGAUGCAUGGAGCUGUUACCUUUUCACGGUAGGUUCCAUUCCAGCCAUGCAGAAGUCAGAAGUUUCCAUAUAUACACGCACACACACACACACACACACACACACACCCCUCUCCAUCCUCCUUCCAGGCAAACGAGUCAUUCCAGGCAGGCAGGUGGGCGAAGGCACUCAAGGAGGGCAUGGCAUGUGGGACCAGUGGGACCCACGGAGGGUCUUGGGCCACAUUUGGUACCCAGGCUUGUAGUUUCUCAACCCUGGUUUAUUUCCUGAAGCUCAUCUCCUAAAACCUUUUGUUUCCACAAACCUUCCCAGGCAUUUAAUUAUAACAUGCAAUGUACCAUUGUUUUUAAAUUGUUGCUCUUGUUUGUAAUUUAAAAACUGUACAUGACCUUGUUUUUUAAUCCUCCUUUUGUUGAUAUUUUUAAUGAAUUUGCUGGUGUUUUUAAACUGCAGGUAUUUUUAAUUACUAUUUUAGAUUUCCCUUUGUAGAACAAAGAAGAAAACUGCUAAGAGGUUUUCUAUCAAUUAAGUGGUAUAUACACUUUGUUAAAUAAAAUAAAACAAUUCCAUCUCCCCUUGGUUGCUUUGGAGAAGGGAUAACUCUUCUUCCCUAUUCAUUUGUUACAAGGAAGAAAUUGGGUCUGGAGAAGUGUGUGCAAAAAAGAGCUUGCUUGUGGAUCGUGCUUACUUAAAUCUCUCUCUCUUUUUUUUUCAGCAGGCUGGCAAAGCCCAAGACCUCUCAGAGACUAAAACUGCCAGGGCUGCAGCUUUCAUUGCAACGGUGAAGCAGUCUUUGAGCCAGCUGAAUUUUAACACGUUCUCAAGGGCUCUGCAGCAGUACAAAACCACAAAUGACUUCAGUACUAUGUUGUGCCAGAUGAGCUCACUUUUCGUGGAAGACCAGAAAAAACAUGUCCUAUUGCGAGGUAUUGUGGCUCCUGGACAUCUCUUGUGGGCACCUGCUGGUUUUCAUGCACAAAUUAUUAUGGUUAAUGAAAGGUCUUCUGCAAAGUGCAGUGCAGGAGAAAAACCCGUGCGCUGGUUGCACUUUUUAAUUAUCCUUUUAUUGUUAUUCCUUCUGCUGUGCAAACAGGUGAUGUUGGCUGUUUUUAUCGUCUCGCUGAAGAAAUCCAUUUGGAUUUGCGAUUGUGUAUCUGUGAUACUGGAAAAACAAGCAGUUUCCUCGCUUAACCCUGACUCUUUUAGGAUGCAGAUGCACAUUCUUUCUGCUUGGUUAUAUAGGGGAGGGGGAAAUAGUCCCAAUAAGUUUUGUGAUCUAAAGCAAACACAAGGAGACAUCAGAAGGGGGGAAAUGGAGGUAUUGGGACAACGCGGGAUAGACACCUUGGAAUAAUAUCAAUAAAAAUAAAAUAAUCAGGCCAGUGGCCUAACCCCUUUGUCCAUGUGCUAUUAGAAGAUGUGAUGGUGGCCACUGGCUUAGAUGCUUUUAAAAGGCGAUUGGACAAAUUCAUGGUUGGAGGAGGGUGGUCUUUCAAAAGCUAAUAGUUGUGAUAACUAGAUGGAAGCUUAGAUGCAGCACGCCUCCAGAUACCAAAGCAGGGAGAGGAGGAACAAUGAGGGAGCUCUUGCCUUUAUGGGCUUCCCAGAAGCAUCUGUCUGGCCACAGCUGGAAAUGAAAUGCAGGACAAGACAGAGUGACCCUUGGCUCUAAUCCAGCAGGGCUUUCCUUUUGAAGAUGGUUUUGAAAGAAAUUUGGUAAUAGCGGCAAUUUCCCAUCACUUGUCAGAACUUGAAUAGACUGUAACAUGAGCUAUGGAACGUUAAUCUCAAGGUGGCAAGCCGCCUUUUGUCAAUGUGCUACUGUUGUUCCCUGAAAAUACUUUGGAACAGGCAGGUGGGGGGUGACAAAUUUCUAGGAACAUAUUGAUGCCUUCCUGAAUAAAGCACCUUUUCAGUGUUUGAUUCUAUGAACUUACCCUUCCUUCUUUUCUAUGCAAGAAUUUUACCAGUUUGUCCGGCCGCAGCACAAAAAGCAGUUUGACGAAGCUUGCUGUUCCCUGACGGGAGUGGGCUGUGGCUACAAACCUGAGCACAGCCUGAAGCUGGAGGAGAGGUUGCGGCUGGCCAAGAACCUAGGUGAGAACAGCCUUACUUUUGAGGAGUUGGCAGCCCUCUGAGAGUUCCUGCCUCUCUGUAUGUUCUCAGUCAGGAUCAGGGAGGGAUUCUUGUCUUUAGAAUGCUUGCAUCAUUGCUCUGUCAUCCCAAGUUGCUGCCCAUCUGAUCAUUAAGUCCUUAAAGAUCCUAGUGACUGAAGGGAAGAGCUGGGGCCGAGGAAUAACUUCUAAGCCACAGCCUCUGAGCAGCCUUGGCCGUUACCUCCAUUGCUGCUAGAGUAGCCUAACAGCUGAAGGGGCAAGUCUGUUCUUAUUUAAUGACCCAGAGCCAGAGCCACUUCAUAAGUUCACUCUCAUAGCCAUACAUACCGGAAUUGCCAGUUGGAAUGCUGUUCACUUAGGAUUGCAGGAAGCUGCCUUACACCUAAUUCACCUAGCUCAGUGUUCCCUGCACUGACUGCCAGCAGCUCUCUGGGGUUUCAGGAAUUGAACCCGGAACCUUUUGCAAGCAAAGCAUGUGCCCUGCCAACAAGCUACUUCAAAUUCAAAAAUCCUUUAUUAGGCAUAGCAGACCACACAUUAUCAAACAGACACCGUAUGCAAAUUGUGCAAAAUACGAGCUCAGCAUAACAAGGUUUGUCCCAGUCAGAUCUUUAACUCCAAAGGAAAUCAAUUUGCAUAAAUAAUACAAUACAACACUACCACAUCACCAAUCAAUUAAGAACCACUAAAUCUCUUUAUAAUGGCCCAGUCUUUCUACACGGACAGCACCCAAAAAUUCAGCCACUAUUAAAGUAAUUUGAUCAUUCCUGUCCAAAAGCAGGUCCUGAACCGUUGGUAUCAUAGAAUUCAGCGUAUUGAGUUGUAAGGCCUCAAAUAAUUGUCUUCUGGCAUAAAUGCCAAAAUCACAAGAAAAGAAAAUAUGCUCCAAAGUAUCAGGUUCCUGUGUACUACAUUUGCAGAGACGCUCUGAUUCUGGGAGAGCUAAAUAUCUUCCUUUCACUAUCAUCGAGGGAAACAUAUUAAACUGCCAACAAGCUAUGGCAGCUUCUUUGGAAGAAGUGCUAAAGACCCUCAGUGCCCGUGCCGUUGCUAGAAGAAGCUUAUGCCUGCAUGGUUAGUGGAUAUAACAUAGGAACAACCUGGCAGCACCGUCCUCCUUGAGUCCUAACCAUUUUGUGGAAGCUGUCAAUCAGGGACAGGUAACCUGUGAUCCUCUAGAUCUUGUUGGAUUUCCAACUCCUAGCCAGCGUAGCCAGUAGUUUAGCUCCUUCCUAUAAGUCCUAGCCAAGGAUAAAAGCCUUCUUAGUAAUAACACUGGGGUGCACCCUACAUAUUCCAUUUAGGGGCUGUAUUCAGUUAUUCCUAACCUGGUAGGACCUUGCAUUGCAUCAUGGGUUUCUUAACUCUGUGAGAGUUUCUUCCUUAACAAAGGACAGGUUUCUAGAGCAGCAAACACGGAAAUCAUCUCUCUCCACUUUCUCUGCGCCAUGCAUAACUUUAAAAAUCUUGAUUAUAUCCUCCUUUGCUUGCCUUUUUUUCAAAACUAAAAAUCCCCAGAUGUUGUAACCUGGCCUUUUAAGGGAGUUGCUCCAGCUUGCAAGAGGAAGAAAAUCACCCCGUGUCAAUUUGACUUCAAAUGUUUCCCUAAAAGUAAUUAAAAUAUUAUAUAAACCCAUGGUCCCACUGGUUUCCUACCUGGACCCUGAACUGAACUUUCCAGUCUCUUACUAAAGCUCCAUUUGGCUCAUUAGACCAAAGUUCCAUUGAAUUUCAGGUUCGAUCCCCGUCAGGGUCAGCUGCACAUUCCUGCAUUGCAGGGGGUUGGAUUACAUGAUCCUCAGGGUCUCUUCCAACUUCAUGAUUUACGGUAUUUUGGAUGUGUCCAAAAUACCAUAAAUCAGUGACUAAUAUAUGAUAUGUCAGUGACUAAGAUGCUCUUGUGUUUCAUUCCCUAAUCUAGCUUUUCUGUGGUGAAUUCAGUCUUUCAUAGACCUCAAGACCUCUCCUUUGCACUGAUAGGAAAUACUCCCACAAAAAAUCUGUUGCAUACUCAAUAUUAUACUGAUAUUAUAUUGGCUCUGCCAGACCAUUUCAGCAUACUAGUUCUGUUUUUUGUUCUCUAAAUGAGUAUGUCUUGCUCAGACCUAAUUGAGGAGGCUUACUGCAACCAUGACCAAGUGCCAUUUUGGAGCACUGCUACCUCAGCAGCCUUGCGGUGCUGAAAAGUACCUCAAAGGUCAUCUAGCAAUGCAGGAAUCUCAACUAAAGCAUCCAUGACAGAGGACCACCCAACUUUGCCUAAAAUCAUCCAAUGAAGGAGAGUCCACCACCUUCCAAAAGAAUCCAUUCCACUGUUGAACAUCUCUUACCAUCAGAAAGUUCUUCCUGAUGUUUCAUUGAAAUUGAAGCCAUGGGUUCAGGUCGUACCCUCGGGAGCAAGCAAGAACAAUUGAAGAUGGCUAUCAAGUCUUCUCUUUUCCAGGCCAAACAUAUACAGCUCUCUCAACCCAGUCCGAUAGCCUUGCCAUGCCACUGGAAAACUACCCUUCAGAUAGGCACCAAUUGUACUUCUUAUUGUACACCACUUUGGUAUUGUUUUAAUGAGAUACGGUAUAUAUGGCAUACAACUAUGUGGUAUAUUUUAAAUAAAAAUGGUCAGAAUUGGCCUCCCUUAGGAAGAAGUUGUUAUUCUUCCUGUUGUUUGGGAAAGGGAUUUUCCUGUCAUUUUAGGAUUAAGAAUAAGGAUACAUUGCAAUGAUUUCGUUGGACUUCCUUUCUUUUGUUCUUAAAGUACUCUCAAGACUUCCCACCUUCAUUCAAGCAAUUUUUGUAUCUCGUUCUCUUUGAUAUUAGAGAAGAAAUGUGAUGAGAAAACCACCUUUUCAGAUGGUUCAACUGGGCAGCUGAACACUGAGCAGCAUUUGAAUAAAGGAGGUUCCCACCUAACAUUUGGGUCGGACGGUGCAGGUAUGCUUCCUGUAAAGAAAUGCAUAAAGUAUGUUAAUGGCAGGAGCAAUAAAACUUGAUUUUACUUCCUGUAUGUCAAUGAAAGUAAAGAAAGAAAAGUGGUCCCUUGAGUCAAACCUUCACACGUUCGUUGGGCUGAUAUUGAGAUCACGAGAUUGCACACAAACUCUCCCCCCCCCCAUCGAACAACCCUAUGUUUUUAAUUUUAUAAUUGUAAUGUUUUUUUUAUUUAGUUGUAUUUUAAUGGCUUCUAACGCAAUCAUGAGAUGUUUUGGGUUUGUUGUGAAAUAUAGCAAAUAAAACAGCGAUGGAGAACUUGUGGUCCUCCAGAUAUUGUGGUUCAGCAACUCCCAGCAUCUCUGACCACUGGCCAUGUUGGCAGGAUGGAUGAUAAUUCAAUUCCCACAACUUCUGGAGAACCAGAGGCUCACUAACCCCAAUAUCAGGGUUAAGAUUAAAUAAAUCUGUGAGUCACUUUUGACUCAUUGACAUGAUUUGCGUACCCUGUACAUGUUAAAUUUCUUUUUUGUUAUCAUUUUUCAGCAUUGCACAUCCAUCACUAAGGAGGAAACUUUUCCUAUGGCUUACAUCAGUGUGUAUUAAGAGAUGUUGGGCAGUAUGCAAAUAAAUUGCUGUGCUAGCAAAACAGGAUCCCACCUCCUCCAAAAAGGGGGAAAACCCCCAAAACCCUAACAAGGAACAUUCUUAACUUGGCUUCAUCUGAUUCAGACUGCUACAUUUAGGAUCCUGUCCUUAUGUGCCUUGCCUUGUGCUUUCUAACAGGAGGAAACAGUGCCUGUGUGACUGCUGAGCCCUCCAAAAAAAUGCCCAGCUCCCUAAAGGAGAGCCGUAACCAAAUAAUCCGAUCAGCUUACCUGAGUGACCUCAAGGUGGCUCUGGACCAAAGCAGCUUCAGCACUUUCUUUUCAGCACUGUCAGCAUACAAGAAGACUGAUGACUACGAUGCCAUGGUGUCUGUGGUUGCAGCCCUCACCACAGAGAAGCCAGAACAUUUCCAUCUGCUACAAAGCAAGUAUCUGCCUGAUUGUUUCUCAGAGUGUCUUGCUGCCCGCAGAACUCUGCUCUUUCCACCCACAUGUUACUAACCCUGUUCCUCAGUGUGGUGGGGCAGUGAGUUCAGUUGCCAUCACUGACAAGCUGUGUGACAGCCGUGGCUGAACUUCUUUAUGGCACAUCAGUAUCAGAUACGGAUGGGGGAGAAAUUUGCAUUUUGAUCCGAAUUUAUUUCAUUUGAAAAGGUUUGUGGAUUGAAACACAUCUAGGCUUUGAAAUUCACCUUUCCAACCAGAAGCAUGCUGGAAAAUACAUAGGUUAAGGGCAAUAGUUCAUAUACAGCAAAGGCGCCUACUUUGAUAUCAGCAGGCAGGGAGUUCCAAAGUGUGGGUGCCGCCACACUAAAUAAUCAAGUUCUUACAAAUGCAGGUAUUGAUUUGGAUAGACAACAGUUCCGCUAAUAAGUUCAUCAACCUCCAAGGAGGUUAAAGAUUAAGUGCCGUGCAGAAGAGGCACUCGGUCUUUUCAUCUCACUAGAUUACUUUAGAAGCACCUUUACACUCAGACAAGUUGACUCAACAGGCCAGCUCUGGAUCUUGUACAGUCAUUCUUGGCACUAGACAUAUUUAACCAGAAAACUGCAAGGCUUCAGACUCUGUAGGUCUAAGACAAUCAUGCAAUAUUCCAUACUGGUUCCCAAGAGGAUUUCCCCUGCAUGUGUUUUUCAGAGGGCAGACAAGAACGCAAUCAUUUUUGCUGCUCUUUGUGUGAAUAUGACAUUCAAAGAGUCUUUCUGACUAGUAAAAUGAUUCCGCCGCAGUAGCUGGAAACCAGAACAGGCUGGAUUUAGGGACCAGCCAAGAGGGUUUUUUUGUUGUUGUUGGUCUUGUUGAAGUAAAGUGUUUUCCCCAUUCCCCUGGAAUUCCCUGGCUUAUAAUGAGCUGGCUCCAACUGUGUGUGCACGUCAUUAUUUGUUUAUGUUCACAGGGUUCUCCAUGUUUGUGCGCCCCCAUCACAAAAAACAGUUCAGGCAGAUGUGUAAAGAGCUGACUGGAAUGAGUUGCCCUGAGGAGAGUGAGGAGGCUUUGUUACCAGCACAGGAGGAGGGCUCCCUUGGCUUGAGGGACUCAAACUGCACGGUGGAAGAGAGUAAAACUCAGGAUAAAGCUGCCAGCCCAAUCCCAGGUUUGAGUUGCUUAUUUCAGUACAGUUUUCCCUCCUCCCCAAAUAAGUCUGCUCCAGGUUUUCUUCUUUCCAUCCACCGAUAAGGGAAAUAAAAAGAAGUUGCAGCCUUCUCCUGUUCAGUGAAUCAGAGGAAGAUUAACACAAGAUUAAGGAUAAGAUACAGCAGCCUCUUUUUUUUUUUGCAGUGAAAUUUGCUGCUUAAUAGGAAAAAUGCGGCACCCCCAACCCUGGCACAACAAGCAAAAAUGAGGCAGAAAUGUGGCCUCUUUGUUUGCUCACCAGAUAAAAUUAAGUUACAGGUAGGUAGCCGUGUUGGUCUGCCGUAGUCUAAACAAACAAACAAACAAAAUCCUUCCAGUAGCACCUUAGAGACCAACUAAGUUUGUUAUUGGUAUGAGCUUUCGGGUUCAUGCACACUUCUUCAGAUGCACUCAUACCAAUAACAAACUUACCGUAUUUUCCGGCCCAUAGGGCGCACCUAGUUUUUGGGGGGGAAUAAAGAAAAAAAAAUUAUUUCCCCCCCCCCAGACCCCAAAACAGGCUGCUAUCCGCAAGCCUAGGGAGCCCAGCGGGAAGUCGCACCGGGCUCCCAAGGGUUGCGGAGAGCUGCCCGAAGCCCGGGGAGCGCUCCGCUGCACUCCCCAGGUUUCGGGCUGCAGGCUGCUGUCUGCAAGCCUUGGGAGCCCGGCGGGAACUCCCGCGGGCUCCCAAGGCUUGCGGAUAGCUUCCUGAAGCCUGGACCCCUCUCACUCUCCAGCCUUCAGAGAAAGCCUGCAUUCGCCCCAUAGGACGUGCACACAUUUCCCCUUCAUUUUUGGAGGGGAAAAAGUGCGUCCUAUAGGGCGAAAAAUACGGUAGUUGGUCUCUAAGUUGCUACUGGAAGGAUUUUUUUUUUUAUAGAUAAAAUUAAAUUAUUGUUCAUCAAUACCUCUUUUGUCUUCACUCAGACAACUAAGGAAGAAUGAAUUAAGGAUUAACUGUAGCCACAAAUCCCACCCAGAUUUUUAGAUUGUGAGUAUAUUGUUAUAAAACGGGCAGAGCAGGCUGACGAAGGCUGAAAGUGUCUGAAGCUGGCAGUUCACACUGCAUCUGAUGUGUUACAUAUCUUUGUUGACUAAUGGUGCAGUGCAUUACUGCCAUAAUUGAUUAACUUAUUUUCAAUGACACAUCUAGGCUGAAGUGUUCUUAUCCAUUGUGGUCCCCCCCCCCCAAUACUGGUAGUUUCCUGAUUACUCAUCCCGAGAAUACAAAUGCUUUGGUGUUGCCCCACCUACCAGAAGGAGGCAUAGCAGUUUGUAAGUUUGACUCCUCCGUAAAGAUGUUUUCAUCUUCCCAGACCAGUCCUAUCGCUCUCUUCUUUCACACUACAAUAUGAUAACAGCUACAACAGCUACCUAAAGGCAAUUCACAGCCCCAGAUCAGUCCUGUCUCAUGGUACGAAACAGGUUCUGUGGUGGAACCUUUUCCUUUUCUUGGAAGUGUAUGGUGGGCAUUCUAUCCAACACUGCUUCUUCAGGUAGUAUCAGUGUAAAUUAUAUCAUUUUGCUUAUACAGUGGUACCUUGGUUUAAGAACAGCUUAGUUUAUGAACAGCUUGGAUUAAGAACUCUGCAAACCCGAAAGUAGGUGUUUUGGUUUGUGAACUUUGCCUUGGAAUAAGAACAUGUUCCGCUUCCUGUUGAGCGUGUUCCAUUUGUAAAUUGAGCCCCCCGCUGCUAUGGGAAAGCACGCCUUGGUUUAACAACGCUUUGGUUUAAGAAUGGACUUCUGGAACGGAUUAAGUUUGCAAACCAUGGUACCACUGUAGUUGCUAAUAACACUGGUUUUAGUUUGUUCUUUGAACUGUGCCCUGGGUUUAGUUGUGUUGGCUUUUGUCUUCAAGGAGAAACAUGUUCCUGCUCUUCGUAUUAGCAUUUGUGUCCUCCUGUGGGUCUCCCAGCAGUGGUUAUCCCAUUGGACAGCCGAGAUAGUUUCCAUCCCAAAUCCAAAACUGAAGCCCAAUUAAACUGGACCUAUAUAAAUUUUUCAUCUGAGUUAAACUAGAGUCGAUUGGCCAUCCCUCUCUUGAGUGUCCAGGAAAGGAAUGUUGGCCAUCAGCCCUGUAGUUAUUUAAAUUGUGGAGCAAGUACCACGUGUCCUAAUCCUGGAGGAUGGGUGGUAUAAAUAAGCAAUAAAUAAAUGGAAGAAAAAACUGCUCAUACAUAGUUGUGUGUGCUUUUUGAGAUGUAACUGUAUGAUCUCCUCUGCAGGUUCCUCCAAGAGUGAGAUGCUAGAGAAGAUCCUAAGUAAUGCCACCCCUAUAAGUAACUUGGAAUCACAGAACUCCAAGGGAGGUCCAAGCAGUGUCCGCACACCCAUGGAUUCUGACAGCGUGCCCAUCUCACCAUUAAGGGGUAUGUAAAUAUUGGUUCAAGGGAUGCGGGUGGCGCUGUGGGUUAAACCACAGAGCCUAGGACUUGCCGAUCAGAAGGUCGGCAGUUCGAAUCCCCGCGACGGGGUGAGCUUGUGUUGCUCGGUCCCAGCUUCUUAGCAGUUCGAAAGCACGUCAAACUGCACGUAGAUAAAUAGGUACCGUUCCAGCGGGAAGGUAAAUGGCGUUUCCAUGUGCUGUUCUGGUUCGCCAGAAGCGGCUUAGUCAUGUUGGCCACAUGACCUGGAAGCUGUACACCGGCUCCUUCGGCCAAUAAAGCGAGAUGAGCGCCGCAACCCCAGAGUCAGCCACGACUGGACCUAAUGGUCAGGGGUCCCUUUACCUUUACCUUAAAUAUUGGAUCAGGUAGAAGCCCUUCUUCCUUCAAAAGAAAGGAUACCUCAACUGCAUCAGUAAUACAUUAUGAAUGCAGUAGCUCAAUGACAGGGUAUAUGCUUUACAUGCACCAGAUCCCAGUUUCAGUGUGCUGCACCAUCAGCUAAAGGACCUCAACUUUUAAGGGUGGGAAAUAUUUGGUUACCUAAAGCCUUGGAGAAUGUAUGAGUCAAGAGCAGACAGUAACAAAUUGGAUGGGUUAAUGGCCUCAUUAAGUAAAUAGGAGCUUUACAUAUUCAGUUGUCUAAAGGCGUUCCAACCUUGCCACUAGUUGCUGUUGCCAAAAUUUGAGAAGAAGACAAUUCCAUUAGUUAGUUCCUAUCUGUGUUCAUUCUGGCUUCUUCCCAGGAGAGGCUAGAGGUCAGAGUGUGCUUUCCUUCAUCUCUGCAGUCCUCGGGGAGCUAUAAUAUCAAACAGCAAUAAAUCUGACAGCUUCUGUUGUACGUAUUUUAUCUGUGCAAAACUGUGUAGGGGGGGCAGUACUUCAGCUGCCAAAAGGACUCCGCCUCUUAACAGUCACACUCUUUUUCAAUUUUCCAGAAGGGUUCCAGUGUGGAAAAUGCAAAUCUGAGCAUAGUGUGCCUUUUAGAUGCCAGCUGUGCGACUUCACUUGUUGCAAAUUGUGCUGGGAGAGUCUCCUAAAGGUUGGUUUUGCUUGUUGAAGUUUUGCUUUCUCCUUUCCUCAAAACAGCAUUGUCUGAUUGGUUUCCCCAUUCACUGGUAGAGCAGCUACUUCAUAAUAUUGUAAUGGAGCCAUUUUCCCAGUCAUAGCUGGCAGGGUUAGUGCCAGAUUCGCAGUGUGUCUGCACCACCAGCAUCAUAGCUUUGUCCCUCCUCGUAAGCUGUAGUAACAGUGUGAUAGGAGGUCAGGUAGGCAGCUGCAUCCUGCCCUGCUCACCACUACUAGCCAUUACUUACUUUCCCUGCCUCCAAAGAUGUGUGACUUGCACAUUUUAAAAUCUGUUUUCAACUGUGGAGUUGUUACAGUUUUCCUCUGCCAGAAAAAAAUGGGUUGUUCUUGUGGUCCAUUGCAGCCACAGGCCUCCUCUCUCUCGUGAGGCAGUGGCACAAACAAGCAUGCACAGAGCUUUCAGAAGGUACCAAUAGCACCUGGUCAUUCAGCUUUAUUCAGGGAGUGUGCAUUGCAGAGAAGGACACUAUGUGAUUUUCCAUGUUCGUUCUUUGGAGCACAUGAGUCAGUCAUCUGGUUACGCAUUGAAAUGGUAUGGCUUGCAAGCUUUAAUCUCUUGAUCAGUUUAAAUUGUAUGAAAUUGCAGUUGAAAAAUGUUCCCCGUUUCAUGGUAAGUAUAUGCAAAUGCAAUUCUUCUCUGGGCUAUCACUGUUCCGGUUAAGCUGAUUAAUGAGAGAAGAUAGGAUGACUGAGGGAGCAGCAAGUACAGGGAGUUACUUUUAGAAUUCCUGCUCCAUGAUUGCAGUCAUGGCAUUGUUGUCUUAUCACAUGACGGUGCAUAUUUUGACUCCACAAAGAGGGAAGUGACGGAGACAGGAUGUCUGUGUUACUGUGUUCCGUGAAGUGGGACUAUUGUCCUUUGUUCUUUCUCUUUGCUGCCUGAUGCUAGAGAGAGAGGGAACCAUAUUGCAGUGCUCCAUGUGUGUUUAUAUGUAAAUAAAGUAGAUUAGCCAACAUGCUGAGUUGUUGAGGUCUGUCACGCAAGUUGCGAAGACUCUGCGGAUCUCUAAGUGUGCCGAUGUCUGUUGGCAUUGGUUGCUGUGAUGUUCGGGCAGAAGAAAGCUUUUGAAGCUCCCGAACAAACGACCAGGAGAGAGAGAACAUGCCAGUCGGGUAUGUGUCUCUACCAGGGUCCUACUCGAGUGUAGGCUGAGCUCCUGACAGUUACCCCCCCCCAUUUAAUCAUGGAAUUGCAACAGUUCCAGAGAAAGAAAACCACCAGUUGGCAGUGAUCCUUUAUGCUUAUUUGAAACAGAGCUUGUUGAGUAGGGGCUCCUGCCAACUCCUACCCCGCUUCCCAUUACAUCUCGCCCCAAACCCUCAUCCCCUUACACAGCUUUUACAUCCAAUCCCCAUCCCCUUCUACCUGCCACCUCCACCCCAUUGCCAAUCCCCAUCCCUGCACAGCUCUUUCCAAACUCCCUGAAAGUUCACCCCAAACUCCUCCAUGUGACACAGCUCACCCAAAACUUUUCUGCCCCUCAGAGUGUGAAGCCAACCCCCUUUCUUACAGGAGUAAUGCGCCAGGCAUGAUUGCAGUGUACUCUGGGUCUUGAACCAGGCAGCCCUGGCAGCCAAAACUUAGCUCUUCUUGUCUCACUAAGGCAUGUAGGUCAUCAGGAGGUAUCAAGUGAGCUCUCUGCCCCUUUUGGGCACCAACAGGGCAGUAAGAGAAAGCAUCUAAUCAUCACAGAGAAAUGAGGCCUAUUUAGGUUACCAAAUACAGUGAGCAGCAUGUGGAAUUAUGCCUUCGGAAAGUUCCCCCUGACAAGUGACCUAUGAGUUGGGUCCUUGAAGCAUUCAUCGCCUUCCAUGAAGUGCCAACAAAAGAACAUGCAUGGUCAAGCAGCACGGCCAAUUUGCAAAAAUCAGCAAACUGAUUUUCUCCCUGCUGGGAAAGAACCUGACUCAGACAUUAUCAGGGGUGUGAGAGGCAAUGCCAAUGAAAACUGAGGUCAGCAACUGUUAACCAGAACCGCGGUGAGUUCACUUCUUUAACACCUUUGGAACAGUUUUGCUUCCUCCUUUCCUAGACUGGGAUUGCAUAAACGAAGCAGGAACUUAGAACUGAGCUCUAAAAUCCAGAGUUGGGCAAUGCCUUUUAUUAGAACUAACCAAAAUGUCACAAACGUGUGGCAGCCUUUUGAGUUCGACCAAAAACAAAGUGAAGGGGAAACGUGUGUCAACUUCAUAUUUUUAUUAGAAUAAUAAAUAAUUAAAUAACCUGUCAGAUGAAUAAAUGCUUCAGUAAUAAAGCCAUAAGACACCCAAAGUCUGGUGUGUAACCCCUAUCUGUCCCAAACCUUAAAUAAAAUAUGCAGGUUCAUGAGAUAAAGGAAGAGCAGAAGAUACUUAGAAAUCAAACUGUUAACUAAAGUUAGAUUAUCCCCCUCAGUUGGCCAAGCAUUCUGCAAGCUUUGCAUUGCUUCUCUAUUGUGGCUUAUUGGUCUAUGGAGUUUUUUUCACCCUGUGGUAACCUUCAGUUGGAAAAGCCAUUCUGCAGUUCUUGGCUUUAAGAAAGCAGGUUCUUAGAUUUGGCUUUUAAGUACAUGACUGACCCUUGUGUGCUUUGCUUUUAUUUACUAAACUAGCUGCUGCUGCCCCUACCUGUUCUGCUCACCAACCCCGCUCCCCCCCAUCUGAGCAAACACCCCUCCCUUUACCCCUGACCUAUCCUCUAUCGCCAAACCCCUUUAAAGAAGCGGGGUGCUUUAGAGAGUCAUUUGCAAAACAGCUCUCUGAAGUGCCUCCCUCACCUGUUAAACCUCUCUGGGGAUGCAUGUAACAGGGAUGGUGGGGAGGUGUUUCAGAGUAAACUGCUCUCUGAAGCAUCUCUCCCCCUUCCCAUUAAACCUUCCUUCCCCAGUCAUACAUCCUUACCAGAUCUUGGAAGCAAAAUGAGUGAUAUAAUUUGGGUUAAUCAUGUGUGAGUCAGAUGCCACAGAUUGAGCACCAAAAGCUUACUUCUUGUUGUUCUUGGCCAUUGUAUGAGUUCUUGGCAGAAUGGCAGACGUCAGACAUCUUUAUUGUUCUUAGUGGAGUUGCUCAUGUUGGGCAGUGUUCAUUUCCCCCCCUGUUUUCUGCUUCACCCCCUCCUCACCCCUCAGGUUGACAAGAAGUGCCCGGAAUGCAAAGCUGAUACCAAGAAGAGACAUUUAUCUAUGAAUUAUUGGCCAGAUCCCCAGUGA